AUGAAUGGCGGGAAGCCCUGUCUUGGUAAUGAUACAGAGACGGCGAAGUCAUGCUUGACGCCUUGUCCAGGUGGAUAUAGUAAAAAAAAUACAUUAGGGUGCUUAAGCAAUGAUAACAGCGACGGCAGAGAGAUUAAACUGGAUUCGAUUUGUUUCAAACUUCAUUGCGAACAUUGCUACAACCAGUUGCAAGAAGGUUGAGACACUCCCACGAAAAAACGACCUUUCUUUCUUCAAAUUGCUCCUGGUUACAGGUCUGUGAGAUAAAAUACUGACCUCCCUCCUCCCUCCCAUUCAAAGUUGUUCCUCCAAGUUUUGAGUAUGGUCUUGUAUUGCUAUAAACUUUGAUAAGGGAGGGGGAUCACAAGCACAAGAUCAUGGACAGGGCAUUUAUGCCAAAAUACGGUACAGUGUCUCAAGUACUUUUGCAACUGGUUGUAGAACAUAUAAAUCUGUCAAGUACAGUGAAACCGCGCCUUACGGCCUGGCAAAAACCGCCAUACAUUUUCUUUUAAAAAAGCAACCCCUCGUUAAUACGGCCACCCCAUUGAUACGACCAAAUUUUUUUGGGCUAUUGGUGACUGUAUUAACGGGGUUCCACUCUAUCGGCAAAUUUUCCGGUGUUGAGUUUCCAUCAGCCACGCUAAAGUUCAGAAUAAGAAAGAAAAAUUCGUUGUAUUGCCCGAGAACGUUAUUCGUUAUGGUCGUCCUGCAGUGAGUCCAACGGCAAAGAAAAGUCCUAAAUUAAGUCCAACUGCAGGGUUGUUUUCUUUUUGCCCUUGCUCUCUUUGAUCUCCUCUGUGCAGUCGCUGCCUUGGGUUGUUAAAGACACCUCCAUCAAUCGAUUGAUAGAUCAACCAAUCAAUUUGUCUUUCAAUCAGUCAGCUAAUUACUUCAUCGUUAUGUGAAUAACAGUGUUUAGCACUAGUUGGUAACGAUUUCGUCCUACCUGUUCAUCAAACUAUAUAUCAAAGCGAAUGAAAGGGAAUUUCUCCAAUCAACGGAUUUGACCGAAUUGCUAGCGGUGUUGCUUGUAGAAGAGGUUCCUGCCUCAAUGAAAACCUUCCAUAGGAGGAGUUGGUCCAAUUUACACAUGGAGCACCCAAGAGAAGUCCUAUAUACAGUAAAAACUGGCGAGUAAGAACCUAGUAGUUUGAGAACCUGCUGGCAGAAAUUUGCUAUUUUAAUACUCAAAAUGUGAAAUCUGUAAAAUCCAAGGCAAGCAAGAUCAAGCAGACUCUUAUAUGUGGGUCACAGUUUAGACGAUGAUAAACACCAUAUGUGGGUUGAUUUUGUUGUUGGUUCUCUCCCUUGCUGCGAGAGGUUUUUCUCCUGGUACUCCGGUUUCCCCCUUUUCUUAAAAACCAACACUUUCAAAUUCCAAUUCGAUCUGGAACGCACGAAAACGUAUCAACGAGUUCUUAUGAACUCCUAAGUGCUCCGUGGGUAAACAAAUUACAAAUUACAAUUACAACAUUUUAACCAAGUUUGAUUUUGAAAAAAUACUUUAUUAAUCCAUUUGCUUUUUAUCAUACAACUCAUGCUAUGGAGAUAAUGCUAGAUAUAUUACAUACAUUCUGUAAUAGCUUAUCGUGAUUUUUAAGAACCAAACCCAAUUUUUUCUGGUAGUCAACGACAAUUAGCUCUUUCAUCGAAAUAAGAAACAUAUUUAAGAACCCACCUAGCCUAAAUUUCGAAUAACUACCUCAAAAUACAUGAAACGUUUUUGACAGAAUUAACAAAUUGUUGUUACACGCGGGCUUUUACUGUAUUCACAAUUUCGAAUGCAAUUGUUGUUCUUAGUUGAUGGUGGUUUCAACCUGUGGUCUGCAUGGACAACAUGUAGUCAGACUUGUGGGACUGGUACCCACACAAGGAACAGAACCUGCGACAACCCAGUGCCAAACUACCAUGGCAAAAACUGCACUGGAGACUUCAGUGAGGUAGCAAGCUGUAAAAUAACUUCUUGUCCUGGUGAGUAAACCUGAUAAACUGACAAUUCCUUUAUAUAUUCCUUAAAUUCCGACGAACUGUAGAGUUAUCCCGAUGAGUAUAACCAUGGCAAUAACCUCCUUACCGGUCUUUGACUUUUGAAUUAAUCAUUCAAGAAUCGUACGGUCUAGUUUAUGCAGUGGGCUGCAUUGUUUCGUAAUUUUGUAAAUUUUGUAUCCAAAAAAAUUCAAGCAGAUUUUUGGGUGUUGCUCACAGGCAAAAUAUGCCAGUUUGAAUUUGAUUAAGGUGGCUCGAUACAGUUUUUCAGGGCCAAUACCUCUCAAGUUUGAGCAUAAACUACGUCGCCAUAAACAAAGUUUUGGCAAAAUUGCCACCACAGUUGUAUUAGAUGAAGAUGAAAAUUUGUUAUGAUCAGGGUUGCAACGGCAUCAGAGUUGUCAUAGCAACGAAAUGACGCUAUUAUCUAUUUUACUUGCAGCAGUAUAUCUCGGCACUAGGUACCGUUCUUCGAAAAUCAUUCACGGGAGCUUUUACCUCCAAUAGCAGCCUCGAUGUUCGUGAGGUUCAAGCGAAAUCUGUAAGAGCGUUAUCGAGAUAUUUUGGGAUAAAGAUUUUGUGGUUAGAAAUACUGUAAAAAAUGGACAAUCUUGGUGUUCGGCUAUUAUCUGUAGAAAACGAAGCGCUUUUGACAUGUAAUUUCACCUCAUAGUAGUUUCAAUCUUUUUAAAAACUUGUGUGAAAGAUCAAGGAGAUAGCUCCAGCCGUUUGCUAGAAAGAAGGAUUUGAUUAAAAUAAGGGCUACAAUUCGUUACUUUUUUAUCGGAAGUUUCGUCAUUACAAGUGAAAGCCUCUAAUUAUUCAAGGCAUUGUCUCCAAGUUUCAUUUCCACGUGAACAGCAGUAACUAACAAUGCAUUUGAAAUAUGCAAAAAUGCUAGCUUUUGUUGUGCCGGAAAAUAUGAAACUUGGACACAAUACCCUGAAUAAUGAGAGGCUCACAAUUGUAAACACAAAAAUUCUGCCAAAAUAUUAGCGAAUUGUAGCCCUUAUUUUACUGCCUUACAAUAUAUCAAUAAUCUUGAAACUAAAAGGUCAAAUAAAAGGAAGGUUAAUCUCAAGAAUCUUUAAUUUUUUUAAAAAAUCUAUCGAGCGGUUUAAAAAUUAUUCGCUAAUUUGUUAAAGUAGACCAAAAUGUUCAAAAAACCGCUAACAUGAGCGCUUCGAUACAUACUAAUCAAACCCUUCUUUCUAGCAAUCGGCUGGGGGAAUCUCCCAUGAUCUUUCACACACGCUUUUAAAAAGAUUGAAACUACUAUGAGGUGAAAUUACGUGUCAAAGCACUUCAUUUUCUACAGAUAACGGCCAAACAACAAUAUUGUCCGUUUUUACUGUGUUUCUAACAAUAAAAAAAUUAGCGCAAAAUAUCUCGAUAACGCUCUCACAGAUUUCGCUUAAACUUCACGAACAUCGAGGCUGCUAUUGGAGGGAAAAGCUUCCGUGAAUGGUUUUGAUAGAACAGUUCCCAGUGCCGAGAUAUACUGCUGCAAGUCAAAUAGGCAAUAGCCUCAUUUCGUUGGUAUGACAACUCCGAUGCCGUUGCAACACUGAUCAUAACAAAUUUUCAACUUUAUCUAAUACAACUGUGGUGGCAAUUUUUCCAAAAAUUUGUUUUUGGCGACGUAGUUUAUGUUCAAACUUGAGAGGCAUUGACCCUGAAAAACUGUAUCGAGCCACCUUAAUUCUCUCAACAAAAAGUGAAUCAAAACGGUAACGCAGUGACUUCAACCAAUGGUGACUGCCUUCCCUUUACAAGAUCUUUUGCAUCGCUGGUUAAGGCACCUUACCUCCUAUAUGAGCACGAAGCUGAAUGUCCUCAAGGAAAAUGUAUAGUGUAUGAGUAGCGUUCACUGAAGAGUUGUAACCGAUCAUGAAAAUGUACUCAGUGCUAUGGCACAUGUCUCAAUUCUGUAAUAGGUCUCUUCCUACGAUUUGAUUACCCUUAAUUAAAACCAUUUUCAAGAACUUACGACUCCGCUCACAGAGUUGCCGAUAAAUGCAAAUUCGAGUGUAAUACAACGGUUAACCUUGCCUACGUGCAGACGUCUCCUAUUUCCUUUGUUGCACGCGGAAAAGGGACGUCUGCGUAACGCCGUCGCUAAUCGUGUUCCAGCGUCCUGCUGGGUUCCCAAGAUCUUGGGAACACGCUGUGAUAGGCUGACACACAGUGCGCAUUGUUUGACUUAACGCUGAUUGGUUGUUAUCGAAUGCGGUCUGAUAAUGUAUGCGGUGAUUUAAAUGAUUUAUGUAAGCGGACUUUUCUAACCAAAACAAAUUAAAACACGUGCGAUUGUGUGCUGUGUUUUUCGUCGAUCGAAAAGCAAAGCGAUCGAAAUCUUGUGCGGGGACGCGGAAAAUUUAACGUGUACGAGGAAAUUAUUUCUUUACAAUUUACUGUGCAUGACACAUCACAUCAUAUUUGUAAACAGUGUCUGAGAAAACUACAAAAGCGGCGUGGACUUCGCACCAGGCAGGCAUUUUGGAGAAAGCCAGCCAAAGAAACUAAAAUCUUUAUUUAGCCGUAACAAACAGAGGUCAAGAAAAUUUAAACACUUUACAACUGCAUCUGAAAUCAAGUCCUAUCGGGAACACCCACAGAAGCAUAAACCACAGGAAAUGAUUACUCAGUAUGCAUGUAACAAACCUGCUUCAUGACCUCUAAAUGGAAGACUUAGAGCGGCAAAAAUGAGAUUUACUCAGUCAAAGGUUAGAAUGCUACAUGCUCUGUGUAGCGCUAGUAAUCUUCGCGCGAGAGAGAAAAGAAGAAAAACCUCUGUUCAAGCAGACUCUCAAGGUCACGUUUCGCCCGUAUCACGAGCUUAUGAUGUUUUGUUUGGCCUGUCAACUCUUAUUUCUAACCGGAUAUUAUUUCACAAUUUAUGCGAAAUAGAAUACCCUGCCAGCAGGACGCUGGAACACGAUUAGCGACGGCGUUACGCAGACGUCCCUUUUCCGCGUGCAACAAAGGAAAUAGGAGACAUCUGCACGCAGGCAACGGUUAACCGCACAAAAACUUGAAAUUCUUGAAUAGAAAGUCACAGAGUUCCAAUAAAAAGGUAAAGUUUAAAUAAAAGCAUACAAAACAAGAGAAGGAAUGAAAACAAGAACACAAUCGACCGAUAGAUGCGGCUUGGAUUAUUUUAUUUAUUUAUCUAUUCUAUUUGUGUAGUCUUAGCAAAAUAACGCGGUUAUUUCAUAACACAAGAUACAUAAAGGAACUUACUAGUAAGACCAAUAAACACUUUGUGAAUUUGUCAGUAGUAUGUUACGCACCGGUUACUCCUUUUUUGGGAGGGAAUCUCAUUAACUUGCGGGGGAAUACAUUAACGCCGAUGGCGUCAUAGCCUUUUGUCUUUAUCUCAUGAAUAAAAGGCGGAGGAAUCUCAUUAUCUCUCAUCUUUUGUAUUCUUAAUACAACAGAAUCAAUAAACUCACGUAGCCUUGACCGGUUUAAACCGGUUUGUUAUGCUCUAAUUUUAUUCAACCGGUUUUAGUUAUUUUUAGAUAGAUGAUGUCAUAGUCUAUUUUUAAUUAUUUCCGUCAUGCCCUAAUAUGGGUUUGAAGCCACCCGUUACUUAGAAUCACUUGAUCUUAACGUAAUUAUGUACGUUCUAUUUCCUGCUGCUUUCAAUUUUUAAAGUUCCGGUUCACCGAAUCGUGCAUAAAUAAUGUCGCAGAGGCAAACUCUCUCUUUCUACCACCAAAGUAAUUUUUUUCAUUUUCCCUCCUCCCUUUUUGCAUCUCUACAUUUAUAUUGUUUUCACUCUUUCACCACCUCCUUCGCCACACACGCCGCCACCGCCACCACCACCACCAUCAGCUAAAACUAAUUUACUGUUAUUUUUAAGGUGCAAUCGAUGGAGGCUUUACAAUGUGGUCUUCCUGGAGCACAUGCUCAGAGCCAACAUACUGUUUGCAAGGUGUUUCCAAACGAAACCGUACUUGCACUAAUCCCCCUCCAGCUAAUGGCGGAGAUGACUGUGUAGGAUUGUCAGCAGAGAGUAAAGAUUGCCCCACCCAAGCAGAUGGAUGCACAAGUAAGACGUUAAUGGUCAACAUACCAGGGGAAAAGGGAGCUAGAGCGUGUGCCCUCACCUACUCUCCACAUCGUUUUUCUUAUGUUUUGACAAAAUGAAUACUUUAAGCUCCUUGAAAGUCUGUCUCGACAUUGUCUCACUUUUCUUGUUCAUUCAGUCGAAAUUAUGAAGUCGUUUUAACCGUUCUCUAAACUCGUUCAUGCCUUGUAGUCAAUACUACUUUUCCCUUUUUUGUAAUAAAUUCAGUUUGAUUUCUUGAAACAGAAUGCUCUUGUUUUCAUCUUACUGCCUCUUUAUGGUUAUUUUAUAGUUAUAUUGUACAUGGAAGAAGCUGAUGUUUAUUUAUAAUCUCAUUAUUCGAUUUAGCUUAUGAGCCACCUAAGCCAGACAAAAUAGCAGCUGACCCUAACUCCUGGAUAGCUUUGGAGUGCGAUGCAGCCGAGAAGUUCUCAGUCACAGGAGCAUACAAACAGGAUGUUCCGUAUGCUGUGUAUACAAAUUUCAAUUUCAUGCAGACGGAGUUGGAGAGUGGAUGGUUUGCGAUCAAAAUUGAGCCGGAUGAUAAAGAUGAUUAUGGAAAGAAGAAUCUCACCAAGGUUUGCUAAUGACAUGGGCGAUUUUAAAAAUGAACGAUAACCGAACCAAUUUCGAGUGGAAUGUUGAGCUCAUCUGAGCCAAGAGAGGAUAAAGGGAACAGGAAAGGCAUCCCCCAUACACACCCUAUUCCAUGGGUAAUUCGUCUCGAGUUAUUUUUAAGACCAUAGAUCCCAAGGGGGAUAAGACAACAGCCAAUCACAUAGCGCGAAUGUGUUCCGGGUGGAUGACCGACGCUCAGAGCCACGUGUCCCUCACGAAUUGACGCAGAAAAAGUGGCCGAAGACGCGGAGAGCGAUAUUGCUAUUUGUUUUGUCGACAAAAACGACUAAAGAGAGAUUUCUGCUAAAGCUGUGUCAGCGAAACGGAAAUUAAAAAGAAUCACCCUUCCUCUCUUGUAUAGAGCUAACAGUACAGCAGGGAAAUCCUUAACACAGUGAAUAUUCUCUCAGGAUCAUUUAUAAUUUACAGUUUGAAGAGAGCAAUUUCUGGUUUGAUAUUUAUUCUUCUAUUAGUCUUUUAUUAUUCAACAAAAAUAACUCUUGGUGUCCUACUUGCUUUAUUAGGGACUUUAAGAUCCAACGACGCGACGGUGACAAGAACGUCGCUUAAAAAGUGAAUUUGCGUUAUUUCAGUCUUUAUAGCGAUUAUUCCUACCCACUUACUUUGUCAAUUGUAGGCGAACCCUCCUGAAGCUGAAUUCCAAGGGACCAAAUUCAGGCUCAGAAAGAGAAAUAAAAUUUCGUCGUUGCUUGUUUACGUCCUCCAUGAAACGCGAAAUUAGGCUUUUUCACGUCGUAGUCGUGCAAAAACGGGAAAGAAAUGUACAAAAAAGUGUGAUGCACGUGCGAAGUUGUUGUUUUGCUAAUUAAACCAAUUGUUUUUUUGACGUUCUCGUUGUCGUCCGCGUCGUUGGAUCUUAAAGUCCCUAUCAUACAAACGACCGGUUUCAAUAGACCGGCGAAAUUUUUCAUUUUAUUAAAGCACUGAGGUUACGACAACUUCGAGUGAAAAUGAUUUCACGGGCUGUCAAAGAGUCCAGCGAUUCCCUUUUCCCACGUGAGCGCCGACUCACUUCGCUUCAAUAUUCAGAAAUGCUCUCGAUCUCUAUACGCUUUCAUUGCCUUUCGCCCGACAUGUUUUGCACGCGGUUUAGUCAUGCGUAACCUCCACGAAACAUCCACGCAGCGCGCGAGGUAACUUUAUCCCGGUUCUAAAAAUUACUCGAGACGAAUACCUAUGGAAUAGGGUGUGUAUGGGGAAUGCCUUCUCUGUCCCCUUUAUCCUCUCCUGUUUGAGCUUAUCUCUGCUUGCUCUUUCAAAAUUGCUUACCAGUUAAGUCGAACCUUUAAGAUCGAAAAAUAAUAACGAUAAUUAAAAAAUUGCAUACGAUUGUCGUGAAUGCAGUGUCCUGUUGUCCUGCAAAGUUUUAAGCUCAAAAACGUAUGGACACCGUAAAACGUAGUUUGGAAGAGACCUCUUCUUGCUUGCAGCAGACCCGGGCUAAAUAACGUCCCUUCACUCAACUGUGCUUUAUUCUUUUUUAUUUUCUUUUUUUUUCUCGUUCAGGUGUGUUUUGAAAUUGUCAGCCCGUUAACUAUUAAAAAGGUUGUGGAUAACAAGGUAACUUACUAUGCAAGCAUUGACGUUCUACCUAGUUGGACACGCCCCGAACAAACAGAAAAUGUCCCUGCUAUCUCUAUCUGGAUUGAUGAAACACAGCUUCUGAGAAAAUAUGAGUUCCAGUGCUCUAAGUCUGAUAAAUAUUUCCCCCAAGCUGGAUUUGAAAUAACCGACGUUAGGUCAGUACAUACAUAUUUAUUAUCUUUCCCGAAGGGGCCUUUCAGAGAUCAUAAUAAGGCUAUUACCUAAGGCAGAAAAUUAUAUUUAAGAACAAGAGCCAUAAUGGGAUAGAGAGGGAAUCUUGGGGCGUUGGCUGGGAUAUGUGAAUUCCACUCAAGUUAUUUUUAGAGGUUGUAAUUAAACGGAAGUCUAAUUCCUUGGACGUCCGCUCAAUCGAUUGUUUAAAAAAUCGUCAAGUCCACGCGUGACUGCCUCAAAGCAAACAAUGCGGAAUAUUGUAAUGGCAACUGUUGAAUAUUGAACAUGACCUUUUCGAGUGAGAUUUACAGGCGUCUAGAUUUCGGCAUCAAUAUUUUAGAUGAGUCUGAUCAGCACAUUUCAGUUCAAGAAAUCGAAGUUAACAUUCCUUCUCCCAAGCGUAGGAUAAGCGAUGAUUUGUUCGAAGAGGACUCAAAUUCUGUUUCCCUCGUGAGAAAGCCGUGAGACGACGUCCACGUAAUUAUGAAAAGAAACAGACGAAAGUCAAAGAAUUAACUAUAAUGCUUAACAAGGUGCUGCAUGUUCUGGCGGGUAGAUUAUGCUCUGAAGGGUUCUAAGCUUUGAUUUAACAAAUGUGAAUUUUUACCUACCGAUUCCUCGCGGCCCCUGUUCAAGCAAAUCGAGAUUUUUUCUGGCAUACUGACUGUAUAUUUCAACUGUAAGUACUUUCCUUAAUAUACGCGCGAGUUACUAGAGUGCCUCCUCGGGAUUUCGCCUUCUGGGCGAAAUCCCUACGGGGGCAAUAACUUCAGUGAAAUUCACAUAUCCCAAGGGCUAGAAUGGGCGUUUCCGUCUCUGUCCCAUUAUGGCUCUUGUUAAGAACAAAUAUUCCUUUGUCUUCUUUUGUUUACCUCUCGCUAUUUUUUAGUAUCUGUUUCACGAUUCAAGUAAAAUCACUCUACUAUAAACACUAUAAAUACUAUAGAUACUAUAAAUGCAAACCUAUUGCUUUUUUAGCCGUUCUCGUUGAUGUCGUCGACGUCCUUUUGUAACCAGAAAAACUUUCGAUUUGUGCAGUAAACACAGGGGCGGAUCCAGGAUUUUUUUUAGGAGGGGGUGCACUCGUCUCUUGCUCUACUUCAACAGCAAUAAACAACAUAGUUUUUUUUGGCAGAAUACCAGUUGUAUUAGAAAACCGCAGGUCAUCUCGGGGGGGUGCGCACCCCCUGCACCCUCCCCCUAGAUCCGCCCCUGAAACAAGGCUUCUUAAACCUGGUUUCCAUGUAUGAUCGCUACGUUCGCCGUGAUCGCUUCGAUCGCUGAGAAAAUAAAAAGUUCAGCGAUCAUAACAAUCAUAUGGAAACGAGGCUUAACAGUUUGAGUUUUCUUCUGAUAUCAGUUGCUACUUUUUUUUUCUGAAAUACCUUAAAUUAGGUUAAUGAAUAUUUGGAUAUUUCUUACUUUAUACGGUUCAUAACACUCCUCACUGACCAGUCAACUCGAAAUGUAAGUACUAAUCAGUUUUGUUUUUGAUUUCUUAAUUUAGGUUCUCCUAUUACACAGAGGGAAGUACUCAAAAGUUUUCAGCAAAAGGGAACUAUACGCUCAAAACAGGAAAUGUAUUCGCUACAGAAGUGUGGAAAGAUGUAGUAACUGGAUCGGUGUACGCCAAGGGCACGGCUGCCUCUGCUACGUUUGGAGAUAUGUUAACCUCGUUUGGCGUAAAUCCUUCAAGUUUACCAGAUUUUUUUGUCAAUGCCCUGAGGUAAGUUGCCGUUGUUUUGGUUCGUUAAUUUACUCGUUCUUAAAGGCCAUACUUAAGGGGUAAUACUACUCUAAGAACCACUUUGCACCUGCUAGGUAGGUGUUAUUUGAACUAGGUUUACUCUUCCUUUGCGGAGUGCAAACGCGGGAGCAGCGAAGCAUGGUCAAAAAUAAUUCAACUUUGUUAUCCGGGUGAGGACCGACGGGAAAUGCCAAAAAAAGUGAUUCCCCUAAACUUUCUGUAUUCAGAUAGUUGUUCAGAGUUGUUUAAUAUACCAAUGUCCGACCACAGUAAUUUUUAUUAUUCUUUGUAAGUCAUAAUUGACAAUAAUAUAUGGAUCGGGAAUAAACAUUUUUUUCCCGUAAUCCGUUUUGCCCUAUCAUUUUAGAUGGCAAGUUGGAAUGACUUCGUCAACUACUGUUCAAAGUUAUGAUGCUUUAUGUGACUUACACGCGGUGAAAUAUUUUUUGCGUCGACCGCUUUGUGAUCACGUCAUUAGUCAGCUGGCUCUAAGAAACAGUGAUUAAUCAUCAUGAUGAUAAUGAUAACAUUUUCGCUCGCAUUUCCUAACCCAGGGAAGAUUAUCCGUUUUAGUUCGGACUAUGGCGGACUUGAUUAAUACCAUUUUAGAGAAAAUCUAAGGCAAUGUUUUCUUUACUUGGACAGGGGAAUCGGUGUGUGGGAUUUCGAAAUGGCGCCUGCUGAGUUUGCCAGGAAAUUGCAACGAUUCGGCCUUUACCGCUUUACUGGAACCAUUGACGUAGGCGGCGUUCCGAUUCAUGCUGAAAUUUUGGCGGGAUAUAAAUAUGGAAAACCGCAGUUUGCGAUUGGUCUCUCCUUUGAUAAAGAAUCGUACGGCAAAUUGUCAGAGAAGCUGUCUGGAAUAAACGUUGAUUUCUUGGAUUCCCUUGGAAUAGACUUGGAGGUAUCAGCUAUAAUUAAGUUUUGCGUUUCUAAGUGUCCCAGUAAUCGAUUUGUAAGGUAAGCCAGUAGAUUUACAUGCCAUAACUCAAGAAAGCGUAACUCGGCCUAAUGGUCAGGGCGGGACUUAUCUGGUUUUUGUUUGAGAUUUUUCGUUUCAUAACCAGCAAACAGGAUGUAUUCGGCAUUGCUGACCCUAGCAACUUGCAGUUCGCGUUCCACAAGCGAACGUAGUGAUUGAAGUUGCUCGAUCAUCAAGAGUCCUUUCGUAGCUCAGUUUUUAGUGCGCCCACUGAACGACAUUUGAAAGGAUGGAAUGGACAUUUUAUUUAAUCUUUCUACAAUGGCAACAUGACGUGUAUUUCACCAUUCAUCUUUUAAUUGGUGCCCGCCUCCUACCCCGCUCCUAUUGACUCGCCCCAUUUUCUCCCCUCUUUUCGAGUUUCAACAUGUGCUUUCGCGAGCAAAACAUUCGAGCGCCCGAAGAAAACGCCUGCACUGCAGGCUAUGAGUUAUUCAUAUACUUUUGUACUGUUACCGAGGCUUUGACUGGGUAGGGGAAACUUCCAGUUCACCGAGGGAUAUAAAUUUUUGUGUCAAUUAAAAAGGUUGCAUUUAAGAAAUAUUGACCGAAAAAGAUAUUUUCAACGUGUUAACAUCUGCUACAUAACUGCAAUGUUAUGUUUUGAUACAGAUAUCCUUCUGUCAAGCCUACAUUAAAUACCAGUUAAUUAAUAUGACACCAAAAUAUGGGUACCUCAGGGGUAAUAAUUAUUCUACUAUUUAAAGUGCAACUUCGAUAAUAACGAAUCUUUAUUUAACGAAGUCCUUGGUAAAAAGAACAAUAUUCUUUCUGCCAGUUAUAGUGAAGUAUAUGGAAAAGGGCUUCCAUAUUACGAAAACUUUUUAUAACAAAGAUACUUUGUCAGUCCUUUGGCCCUUGGUUAUAUCGAGGUUCCGCUGUAGUUCGUAAGAAAUUUACCUGUUAAAAUUUUUCAAUUACCUGUUAUAGGUUGGUGUUAGCUUUAGUGUUCCCGAUUCACUAGGAUUUAAGCAGGUCCUUGUUGAUAGUACCACCACGUUUUCUAAAGAACCGCUCAAAAGUUUUCAUACCGUAUCUGUCCCAGGAGGUAAGAAGAAUGCAAGGUAAUUAAAAGAAAAAGUGAAAGUAGAGCGAUGAGGAUAGAGUAAGUUUUACGCACCUUUCGCGCCCGUUAAAGCUGCCAUUUCACUAAUUUCCGCUAUAAACAAUUUCUGGAAACUGUGAAACAAUAAACCAGUGAAACGUUUGGGCAAAAGCUGGGGUAGAACACUUAUACAGUGACACUACUGAAGCAUUCAUUCACGUGCAGAUCAGGCAGCUUGACGUAAAUAUGUUUUUUAUAAGGGACACGGAUUUCAAAAUCGUUUCUCACCUCACGCUAGAAAACGGGAGGCAUGACAGUUUGAAGCGUUUUGUUUCAAAUAUCUCUAAUACACUAUUAAGAAGAAACCAACAAAGUGGAAAGUCUAAGGACAGCUGACAGCUUGCUCAAGAUAUCUUUACUGGAGGUUGAGUUGAGAAAAAAGUUAAUAAGGCGUUUUAGUCCAUUUGCAGCCCUGGCAUUGUCUCUCCAAAAACAAUUCUAGAAGUUUUCUGAGUUUGACAAUAGACCUUUUUACCGAUACGGAGGUUAUAUUGAAUUUACUAGAUUUAAGGAGUAUUAUGGGAUGCCCAGGGGGCACUCGCUAAGUAUUCACGCGCGCUUUUCGGAGAAAAGGAGAACUUCACCGUAUAAUUCCCGGGAAAAAGGCGAUCAUUAUUACAUCCAAACACGGCACAACGAUCUUUUCCCAUUGCAAUCUUUUUCUAGCAAAACUUAAAGAAAAAUUGGCCCGAAAAGCGCGCGUAAAUACUGAGGGAGUAUAUUGGUGCGUGCUUAUGCCUCAUGGGCAUCCCACAAUACUCCUUAAAUCUUAGUAAUUCAAUGUGGCUGCCGUAUUAAAAAAAGGGUCUUUUGAAUAACAAUAUGUUCUCAGUGUCUCAGUGUCGCUUCUCACGUUUAUAGUCUGAUUGUCAAUUUAUUUUAUUUUGUUUACUAACUAUCCAUUUUUGCAUUUAAGGUAUUUUCGUCGCGGCCCAAAUUACCCUACCGAAGGACUGUUCAAAUAACAAAUUCUGUGAAAUUUGCAAGAUGAUUCUGGGACCUACCGUCAAGUGGUAUAUUAGUGGACAAUUUCAAUGGAAAAAGAUCAAAGUCACGACCGGGUUUCGUAAUAUUAAAAUCUAUGAUGGACUGGCAUUUGAUAGGCUUGAGUUGUACGUGGAGGUGAGCUUUUGUACUUUCCCACUUUGCUAGUUGAAAAAGGCAAAGACAUACUACCAUCAUGGAUCGUUUUUAGCAGUUUAAGUAUAAAGGUAUCCUCAGCUGUUUACUGACUAAAAAAAUGUAAAGACAGCUUCUUAGUCUAGAAUUGUAUGCAAACCAUAACCUCUCUGUUUUGUAACCGUUAGGCAGACUUCAACGGUACCCGCAAGCGUGUCAAACUGGGCUUCCGCGCGGAAAUAAAAGUACCUGUGGACGGCGAGAUCGAACGGGACGGCAUCACAGCUCCUGGAAACGAUCUGUAUCUCUUUGGUGUGUUGGUCUACGACUUUACAAAACAAAAAGUUUCCGGGAAGCUGGGCAUGCGCGGAAUGUGGCGAAAAGCCUUUUGGAUCCCUUGGUUAUCGUUAGGAAACAUCUUUGUUGGGUAAGAAGCUGUUAAAUGAGACUGCAAGAGUUUUGAACGUAAGGGCAUACGUUAUCCUCCUACUCUUCUUCGUCAUUAUAAUCGUUUGCUUAUACAACUUAUGCCUGAGAAACGAUGAUAUCUUCAUAAUAUAACCGUGUUGAAUGAAUUUUAUCACUAACUGGUAUUCAGCCAGUAAGUAGUUACAAUAACGUUAUUUACAAUGAGAUCAAACAAGAUAAAACAGUAGUUACAAAAAAAACGCUUAUUCUUAACUAAGUAAAAGCAAAAAUUACAUACGUUAUUACUAAUUAAACCUUCAGUGACAACUUAAAAGAUGGUGCAAGCAAUACUUUCUUAGAAACAGGGGUGAACUACACUAAAACUUAUAUUCGAGAUGCCGGAGACACCUCUUUAUUCACCUUAAGGUAAAACUAAGCUGCUCAAGGGAAAAGUGGAUUGCUAAGAGAAUUGGUCGUUAACCUCUUGUCUUUAAAAAGUACAGGACAAUUCUUUUAUUUAUUCCACUCUCGUUAAAUUAGUUUCAAGAAUUUCCAAGCCCACCUCUUUGCCAUACAGACGAAAGUAGUUUAAGAACCCGAAUAAGACGUUGUUGUCAGUAAUUUGACGAUGGAUGUUUUGUGGUUCAAUUUUAUCUUUAGUUUGAAUUUUCUUUCUGAGUAUGGAAAUGUAUGAUAAUGAAUUUGAAACAUAAGGUAAAUAACAAUUUGACCGAAGAUCAAAUAGACCUUUACUGCAUUCCUGUGAAACUUAGGCAUCAACUCGAGGCUUGGAUGUACAAUUUACGUUGAGCUGGCCUCAACCUCAUUUCUUUAUGUUUGCUCACUGCAGCGGAAUGCGCAUGCGGGAAAGGUCUUUUGAGCCACAAUAGUUAUGUAAAGAUCAUCACAUUUAAGCCUAAUUAUUAUAAGUAAAUAAAUUCUUUUUCCUGCAAAACCUUUUCACCGAAACGUACUUUUUGAAGUUAUAUUUCUUUCCGCACUUAUUUAUUAGUUGUCCAUUGCAGACAAGUAUAUAUUAUAUAUACUUUGUCUCGGGGAUUAUUCAACAUUAGUAUAUACACACUCAGUGAUCUUGGUGAUUUAAGCAAUCUGAUUGGUUCGCUAUCUCGGACUAUUCAACAAUAUUCACCUCCUAGCGAGUGGAUAAUGUGUGAGCUCGGUGUUUUUCCCUUUUUUUUAAAAAAAGUCGACAAAAUCCUAGGGCUGACUUUUUUUAAGGCAAGAAAAGACUUGGAAGGAUUCAAUACGGCGUUUUUCAAUUUACUGUAGCAGGAGUUUUGUGCUCGAUGGAUUGUUUACAACUCCCGUGUAUUCGCGUAGAAGAAGCCGUUUCGUGAACUCAGCGUUUUCUAAGAAGAAAAUUUUGGCUCAAAAAUCGAAGUUUAUUUAUGACAAACAAAUUUAAAAGGAAAUGUUUGCAGAAAUUCUACAUUUCAAGUAAACAGGAAAAAGAAUGAUACAGGAAGACGACCUCUUACCUCGAGCAACCGAGCCGCCAUUUUUGUCAGCACUUCAUGCGAAGAACGACACAACAUGCCCUUUUGGCUAUAAACUUGGCGAGUCAACAGAAAACAACACAGCUCUACUUUUUUUCUCAGGUAAGGAAACAGUUCAAACUUUUAGCGAUUCCAUUGAAGCCAUUACGCUGUUGUUUGCGAAAUGAGUAAACUUGUGAAUUGCCAUGUUUGAAAAUUCUGCAAAGAUCUAUUUUUAAACUUACGCGUGAUUUGAUCUGUCAAUCAAAUCCUACUUUUGAAUGGUUUCCUUUCUGAUUUUGUUGAGAUCACUUCGUGUGUAUAUACUAAAACAAUUAUUCUUCUCAAUCUCGGUGAAUAGUGGCUUUGGGAAUAUUUACCUCGCCGCUUUCGCGGCUCGGUAAAUAUUUUGCCACUAUUCACCUCGAUUUCAAAGAAUAAUUGUUAAAUAUUAACUGAGCCUGAGGUGAAUAAUUGUUUUAGUAUAUUCACACGAAGUGAUCUCAACAGAAUCAGAAAGGAAACCAUUAAAAAACGAUUAGUUUGAUUGACAGGUGAAUUCAUGCGUGAACAUGAAGCCAUAAACAGUGGAUGCGUAAAAGUUAGAUCUUGACAGUAUCUUCAAAAAUGGCAAAUGAUAGUUUUAAUCUUUUUGUAGCGAUUUUUGUAAGCUUUAGCAUCAACAGUUUAAAAAGAAAAUGCCGAAAAUUUAGAUAACUACCCAAUUCUGAGGAGAAAAGUAGAGCUUUGUUUGUUUCUGUCAACUCACCGUGAAUGAGAAAGUUUUCUUUGUCGCUUGUUGCAAAUUCUGUCAACGGCGGCUACGAUGAAGGUGAGCGUUGUUUAUCUCCAAUGUUCUUUGCCUUGUUAACUUGCUGACACGUACAAUUUUCGAAAAUAUUUGCCUUCCUCUUUUCUCCAUAAAUUCACUUCUAUUUAUAGGCAAAAUUGUUCUUGCGAGAAAAUCCCGAAAUCAGAAAACAGUGACAAAGCGGCCUCGUUUCCCUGUGUAGUGGUAAACGUAGCUUCGAGCGUACAGAAAGUCAGCUAUAGUAAACAACUUCACAAUAGUUCAUGCUGUUUAAACACCAUGAAGUGUUUUCUUGCCUUCAAAGUCAUCAGCACUUGGAUAUUCGUGUAUUUUCAAAAAGGCUUUACUAUGAAACUUUGGCAAAACACCCAGUUUCUUGUUCUGCUUUAUAUUCACCGCCUAGCGCGGUGAAUAUAACGUCAUGGUCCAAGAUAUAGCGAACCAAUCAGAUUGAUUGAAUUACCAAGAUCACUGAGUGUGUAUAUACUAAAUACAUGUAUAGCGAUCUUUAUUUAAACUCUGGACGUGUUAACUUAACGUAUUUAUGUUUCACAUGCUUGGCAGUUAUAACAAUCAAGCAUUUGUUAAAUUGAAUAGCCUUAACGUCGUCCGCAUACAGAAUGUGAUCACCACUGUUUCGAUUUCCAACCUCCGCUCUACUAGUAAUAAUAUAAUGGCUUUGAUUGACAGGUUGACUUACAAAGUUGGAGCGCCUAUACCCAUAACUGGUGUGCAAUUUGGAAUGAGAGUCGAAUUUGGAUACGACUGUCUUACACCAGCAGAUUUCAAUAGCGACGUGAGUUACCAUGCACGAUUUGCAAAGUAAAGCCAUUUUAGCGGAGCUCCAGGCGCGCGCGUGGGCGGAGCCCCAUAGCUAAGUAAAUCUACCCAUCCCAGAAAAUUUGGUUAUCACGUGACCGUACACCGAACGAACGACCGUCCGUCCGCAGCACAUUCAUACCAAUGUUUACUCUUGCACUUCCUAGCUAGUUUGGGAGCCCAGGAGAAAACUGAUUGGACAUUAAUGUUGUGAUCAAUUGACAGUAUUUUUUGAAGUUAUCCGCUGACAAGUUACUAGUUUUCAAAUGAUCGCAGGCUCAAGUUUUUUGUUUUUUAAUUUAUGUGAAAUAAGUCGUGUUCAUGUCACUAUGGCCCAGCACUAUUAAGAUUUUGAUUUCAAACUUACCUCCGACACGAAAAUUCAGCCAGUUAUUUACAAAUACAGGCGGGGAAGACCUUUUCUUACCACGGUCACGCGUUGGUCACGUUCUACGUCCAAUUUUUAUGCUCUGAUUGGUCAAACUUUGACAGGUGAGUUCAUGCGGAAAAUUUAUGCAGCAUCUUGAAACUUGUUUACUUUGACGGCUGAAGCUGACAGAGUUUUGUGUCAACUUGUGAUGUUUUUUAAUGUCUUUUUCCACUGGAUGUACAAAAUGAAAUACAGCUGCUAUCAAGAGUCUUCUGUUAUUCAUGGCUGGUUUGUUUAUUAGGGUUUAUUGGUUGAGAAAUGCGUCGCUUGUCAAAGUCGGAAAUCCGAUUUCGGAUGGCAUCGUUUUCGUUUUUCACCUUGCUUGAUACGUAAGAGGAGUUUAAAAGUCUCAAGCGAUUCCGCCUUAGUUGAUAGCUUUCAGGAGCUGCAUCUCGAAUGGUAAGCCUGAGUAAUUAUUGUAUCUGAUGUUUGUUUUCUUAUAUCUAACCUCAUGAAGUCGAGCACAGUUUAUGCGGCAAGUUAAUUAUGCAUGUUUGUAAGAUUUGAGACAAUGAUCUGACCUAGCUAGUAUCAGGUUUGAUAUAAGCUUACAGAACUUAACUUUAAAAAGCCUUUAGAUAUAUUUUCUCACCGCAAAUAGAAAGAAAACGUUCCGAAGAAUAUUUAGUUAUAAAUUUGCCUGUAGAAAGAAAACUUUGAGCGAUUUUCUUGCCUCGAGUUCAUCUUUGAAAAAAGCAAACACCGGGAAGUCGGCUUAAAACAUAAACUUAAAGACUCAGGAUUUUUAGAGACACUUUAAUAUGUAUGUAUGUAUGUAGAUCUUUAUUUAAACACGGGAAAUCAUCAGUUAAGCUUAAGUUAAAAACUAAAACUAAUUACAACUGCUUUACAUGAUUGUCGUGUGGGAAUCCGAUAUAUCAGCUACCUUCUUGAUAUUUCGCUUAAAAUGCUCAACGGAUGCAGCAUUUUUUAAGUUUUUGGGCAAGUUAUUUCAUAACAUGGCCCCGCUGUAAGAGAAGCUUCGUUUCAAAUAAUUGGUGCUUGGUUUGGACAGGGUCAGCCUUCCCUCAGAGUUUCUUAAGUUGUAAGCAGUGUGACGCUGAGAGAAAAGACUUUGUAGAUAUUCCGAAGCAAGGUCAUUCAUGGUUUUAUACAUCAUUAAGGCUUUUUGUUUCUUUCGUCGAAGAGAUAGCCUCUCCCAGCUGAGGGUGGAGAGAAGGUGGUUUGAGCUCGCAUCAAAGGGUGAUUUAGUAAUAACUCUGGCUACACGAUUCUGUAAUUUUUGGAGCUUAUCACUCAAGUAACCACUCAAACAGUCCCAGACGGGGCUAGAGUAAUCAAAAUGAGGCAUAAUUAAGGCGUUAUAAAUUUGAAUUGCAGUUUCUUUGGAUAUAAACGGCCGCACACGUUUUAGGGCGCCUAUAGCUGAAGAGACUUUCUUGCAAAUCUCUUCAACGUGUUUACCCCAAGAGAAAUGAGCAUCUAUGGUAAGACCCAAGGAUUUGGUAUGAUCGACUCUCUUGAUAAUUUGGUCAUCAAUUCUGAUUUCUACAUCGUCAAAUUGGGCAGAUAGGCUUUGUCUUGAUCCGAUAAUCAUUAGCACUGUUUUAGCAACAUUUAGACUGAGCUUGUUAGCUUUCAGCCAACAGCUAAGGUUAUUUAAUUCAGGGGUUAGAGCUAGCUUAAGCUCUGUUAACGUCUUAGCAGAUAACGUAAGGUUGGUGUCAUCGGCAAACAUUCUUGGUACGGCGCCCCGCAGGGAGUUGGGAAGAUCAUUAAUGUAAAUUAAAAAUAGCAAAGGACCCAAUAUGCUACCCUGCGGCAGGCCGCAACUGAGGUUACGAGCAGAUGAUAUUUUGCCACUGACAUUACAUCUUUGGGUUCGGCCACUUAAGUACGACGAGAACCAUUUUAUGGCUGCCUGAUCGACACCCAAGUAUGACAUCUUACGCAAGAUGAUCUCAUGAUCAAUGGUAUCGAAUGCCUUAGUAAAUAAAUACUUGUCUUCGUGAAUGAAAAUUUCUGUCUCUUUAAAUGUUUCACCGAAUUAUAUUUCUUUUAUUGAUUUUUAGAAGUCUAUUUUGCAAUUUGAAUCGCUGUGCCGUUUGUUUUCAGUCUUUCAUGAACAUCGCUUGCAGGAGUACAUGUACUCAAAAUGUCGCGCGUAUCAAACGCUUUUCAAGAUUACGCAUCGUUAUAAUGCCAUUAAAUAAAAAAAAAUUAACAUAAUAAAUUCGUUAUUAUUUUGAAGCGUAACUCUAUUAAUGUUCAUUCACACACUCGACCGCUUGUCAAAAGUGAGAACCAGCUGGCCGUAUAGGUGAUUUUGGAAAUGUUUUGAACAGUUUCGCUAAAAGCCAACGAUUGAUCGUCCUGAAUAUUGACUGAGUGCAAUUUGUCCUGACAAACAGUGAAAUACUGCAUUCUGUCCAAGGUCUGUAUGAUAAAUACAGCGCCUCAUAGUACUGUUUCACCUCAGAUGUGAUGUAUAAAAAGUAUAAAAGGUUUGGUUUACACACCUCCAGAUUUGUUGGCAAGAUUUUGUAAAUUAAACUUAUCGAAAGCAAAAGAUUCGGCCUGAUUUGUUUUCCAGGCCUAAUCUACUGUGAUCAAGAGCCGUUAUGGCUCUUGAAUGUGAUCGAAGAUGAUUGCUAUUUUUUGGGUGAACAUAUAAGUCAACUCGAUGUGAGAUGUUUCCUAAAAUCACUUAGCUUUCCCCUCAAAAGCCACAUGAAAUGUGCCCUUAAGUUAACUGAUUUGUGGAUUACAAGUUUAUUGUUUGAUUUAAAUUAUAUAUUUAUUACUGGGAGCUUCGCUUUUUAGCCCUGGCUAAAUCUAUAUAUUACGUUAAUUCAUAAACUUAUACUGAACCGUAGUAUGCUUCGUUUAGUUUCAAUAUACCUACAACUGACUGUGAGCAGUCUUCACAGUAGACAAGGCCACAAGACCGACGGUUUAUCCCUUGUCAUGCUGACAAAGAUGCUUUAAUUUUGCAAUAACUGGAAGAUGUUUAAAAGACACUGAACUCUUAAAAAACAUCUCAAUUUUUUAAUGCUGACGCAAGUCUAAGAAGAUAUUUUAAGCUUUAUAUGGAUCUUCGUAGAACACUUCAUUGUCAAAAAUAUGAUUUGUAUGCCAUGUGAAAACCAGCAAUUAAAAAAAUCUGUUUUCUUAAGGUGGCUCGAUACAGUUUUUCAAGGCCAAUACCUCCCAUGUUUGAGCAUAAACUACGUUGCCAUAAACAAAGUUUUGGAAAAAUUGCAACCACAGUUGUAUUAGAUAAAGAUGAAAGUUUGUUAUGAUGAGGGUUGCAAUGACAUCGGAGUUGUCAUAGCAACGAAAUGACGCUAUUACUCAUUUUACUUACAGAAGUAUUUCUCGGCACUGGGAACUGUUCUUCCAAAAUUAUUCACGAGAGCUAUUUCGUCCAAUAGCCGCCUCGAUGUUCGUGAAGUUUAAGCGAAAUCUGUAAGAGCGUUAUCGAGAUAUUUUGGGAUAAAGAUUUUGUGCUUAGAAAUACGGUAAAAAAUGAACAAUCUUGAUGUUUGGCUGUUAUCUGUAGUAAAUGAAGCGCUUUUGACAUGCAAUUUCACCUCAUAGUAGUUUCAAUCUUUUUAAAAACGUGUGUGAAAGACCGUGGAGAUAGCUCCAGCCGAAAGCUAGAAAGAAGGAUUUGAUUAGUAUGUAUCGAGGCGCUUUUGUUAGCGGUUUUUGAACAUUUUGGUCUACUUUAACAAAUUAUCGAAUUUUUUUUAAACCGCUCGAUAGACUUUUAAAAAAAAUUUAAGACUCUUGAGAUUAACCUUUUUUUUUAUAUGACCUUUUAGUUUCAAUAUUAUUGAUAUAUUGUAAGGCAGUAAAAUAAGGGCUACAAUUCGCCAAUAUUUUGGCAGAAAUUUUGUGUUUACAAAUGUGAGCCUCUCAUUAUUCAGGGUAUUGUGUCCAAGUUUCAUAUUUUGGGGCAUAACAAUAGCUAGCAUUUUUGCAUAUGUCAAAUGCAUUGUUAGUUACUGCUGUUCACGUGAAAAUGAAACUUGGAGACAAUGCCUUGAAUAAUGAGAGGCUUUCACUUGUAAUAACAAAACUUCCGAUAAAAAAGUAACGAAUUGUAGCCCUUAUUAUACUGCCUUACAAUUUAUCAAUAAUAUUGAAACUAAAAGGUCAUAUAAAAUAAAGGUUAAUCUAAAGAAUCUUAAAUUUAAAAAAAAAAAUCUAUCGAGCGGUUUAAAAACUAUUCGCUAAUUUGUUAAAGAAGACCAAAAUGUUUAUAAAACCGCUAACAAGUGCGCUUCGAUACAUGCCAAUAAAACCCUUCUUUCUAGCAAUCGGCUGGAGCUAUCUCCAUGAUCUUUCCCACACGUUUUUAAAAAGAUUGAAACUACUAUGAGGUGAAAUUGCAUGUAAAAAGCGCUUCAAUUUUCAUCUUUAUCUAAUACAACUGUGGUGGCAAUUUUUCCAAAACUUUGAUUAUGGCGACGUAGUUUAUGCUCAAACUUGGGAGGUAUUGGCCCUGAAAAACUGUAUCGAGCCACCUUAAAAUGAGAUUAGAAUAAAGUAGUUGAGCAAGCACUCCUACAAAAAUAUUAAUUCAUUUUAUAAUAUCAAGUAAUAAAUAAAAUGUAUUUAUUUCUAGGGCCAUUGUUUCGGUGGUGAUGGAUACGUUGGUGUUGGAAAGCCACAGUUCUUUUAUGCUAGUAUAACAGCUCUCACAUUUGGGAAGAUCUUCAGAUUGCUGGGAGCAACUUUUGAGCUUCCACCUCCAAUAGCAGCUACCGGCUUUCCACAAGGGGCGACUGUAAGCUAGAUAUUAUAGACCUUUAGAUUCCAGGACGAGGACGAUUACGAGAACGAGAUUUAAAUUUGACCUCCGCUUUUUUUUGGCGUAUUCCGAGAAAACAGAAAUAUCGGAAAGAUUCCUUUUCCUUUUUUUUCACCACCGCAAACGUUAACACCGUUUUUAUUAUCACUGAAAGUAAAGCCCUCUCUCGAUCGCAAAAUGAUAAUGAUAAUGAUAACGAUGAUGGGAAAAUCUCGCGUUUUCGCAGUUGUCCUCAUAUUAGAAUGUGAUGGUCUUUAGUAGUACUCCUCUUCUUGCUUUGAAUCUGAGUGGGGCCAAAUUACACCUUCUGACUGUGACAUAAAGCCAUUUUAUUUAAAUUUGUUUAAUUUGUUGUCUUCCGAAUUAUAUCUGAACUGUAUUGACUAAGCUUUGAUGUUAUUUUUUAACAUCACGAAAUCGGAGAUGGUGUAUCCAAGAAAGUGGCUGUUUAAUUUUAGGAGUCAAAAGGUUAAAACAGUCCUCUACUUAGCCUUUAAAGUAACUUGUGCAUGUUAUACUGAUAAAUAGCAAUUUUCUCUCCCAAUUACGGACUUCAAAUUUUUCUGUUAGGUUGCGAGAUCUUCGGCCGACGUUGAUCUCCGAAUAGCGGGUGGCCCGUUUAUCUACGAAGGUUUCUAUAUGAAAGGAGCGGUUAACAUUCUGGGAUGGGGAAUUUUUGCAGAAAUCAGGUUAUCACAAAAGGUAAGUAACCAUAAUACUCGACUUUUAUGAAAUGCCUUCCCACAAUCACCGCUUAGUCAGCUUAGUUGGAUGCGUGCCGGUCUCGCUGUCGAACAGAAAGGGACGGGCUCGACUGAACCCAGAGCGGACCCCUAACCAGGGUCUUAAAAGAAACUGGUAAGAUUAGUGAUAGCCAUGAUUUAUGCCCUUGUCUCACUUCAGAUGAUCGCGUCAUUGGGGUUUGUCAUGAAGCUGUUGGUUUUGUCUCCUUCAUCCUUCCUUGUCAAUUCGAAGGAAACUUAGGAUAACCUUCUUGUUUGUUCGAAACGUUUAGGGGAUGUAGACCUCGGUGUUGUCGUCUAUCCGUUUUAUCUCCUAGUAAUACUUAAAUUGGAGUCAAACUCUGAUGUUUACAUUGCCUUACUACGCCGAUGAAAUUUUUAAGAAACUCUUAAUGUACAUUUGAUCAUGUAUUAUGUGUACCAAAGGUCAAUACGUACCAAAUGAAACAUCGUAUUUGCCCCUUACCAAUGAGUAGCAGCUACGGGACUCGCCUUUCUAUGUUCUUCGCCGAGCUAUAAAUUUACAAACGUUUAUUGUUAUUUAUCACUCUGGGCCGGUGCUGGAGCUGCUUCAGGCGGUAUUCAGUACGCGUAUCCUCUAAAAACACGGUUGGGUAGUGUAGCUCAUUCUAGCAGUUUUGAGGACGGUUAUACAUUUUUGCAGCUCUCCUUGACUAAUUCCUAGACAUCCGACUUGAGCGAGGGAAUGGGAGGCUUAAGCAACUGACGACGACGGCGACGGCAACGAGAACGGCAAAGUAGUAGGUUUAGACAAGCAAAAGAACAACUUUGUACGUGCAUCACGCUUUUUUUACGCUGCUUUGCCGUCACUGUACGACUAUGACGUGAAAUUUCCUAAUUUCACGUUUUGUUGAAGACGUAAACACUAGACAACGAUUUUCUUUUUCCCCUAGUUUUUAUGAACUUAGAUACUAUCAUUUAGAAUUCAACUUCUAAAAAAUCGCCAAACUUUGACAAAUUAAACGAGUUGGAAUUAGAGCGAUGAAGUUUAAAACAGCGCGAAUCCUUUUAUUUUGGGGGUGGGUGACGUUUUAGCUAUCGUUGCCUUCGUCGUUGCUUAAGCUUCCCAAUGUCGUAGGCGUUCCAACCCCCCUCUCAGACAAAGACCUCUCCCCCAAUCACAUUGUUAGGGUAAUUAGAACUUUUCCUUUUUUUUGCUUUUAAGAUAAUUUUUGUGGACUUAAAGCCUGACCCAGUGGACAUUUUAGGUAUUGCUAAAAUUACCCGAGGCCCAAGCGACUCUUCACUGGGACCAUGGUUCUAUGUCAAUGCCAGGCGGGAUUUGUUUUACGUUGAGGUAAGUUGAGGGGAGUUUACAUAAUCGUUUACAAGUCGUUUAAUUGAUGAACCAUGAAAUUUACGUUUUGUUUUACGUUUAUUGGUACAAAUCCAAACAAAUCCUCCAAACUCCUUUUAGUUUAGUUAGUUAUCAAUCUUGCCCUAGGCUUAAAUACAAUUUUCUUUUAUUUCAAGGAAAAAAUUGAAGCACAACCCGUUCAUACUUUAUUGGGCAAGACAUAAUAUGCAUACAUAAUAAAAAAGGGGGGAGUAAAAUUUAAGGUAUUAUAAUGCCUUUAAAUGACGAACGUCUUUAACACUUCUAAAGAAACGAAAGUGGAAACAGGAAAAAAUGUGAGCAUUCAACUUGUGUGAUUCAUUCCAUCGGACUAGCACCCAUACUAGUUAGCUACAGGGAAUUUGCUUUUGUUUUUUGUUUGUUUUUUUUUUUUAACAAUGAACUAAGAUUUACCACUUCCACUUUCACAAUUUGCCCUUAACACUGGAGAUUCAGUGCUUUGAAAUAAUCUUCUGGUUGAUUUUAGUGGUUUAAAAAUGCUUAGAAAUACUACCCUGGGUAAACCUUUUAAGAGCUGUCCAAUCUCGUCAUCUCGAGGAACUAAAAAAAAAAAAGGCGGAGAGAAAGGCGCUCGUUGGUAAGGGUAAAGGGUUCCUAAUUUUGUUUGCUAAUGACCGUAUUUUUUUUUCAAUCAGGCGUACUUUGAGGGGUAUACGGAGCUGCUUGGAAUCUCAACCUAUUGCCGUUUAAACUUUACAAUGUCCAGAAUGGAGCUGUUGAUUCAAGGAAACUUUCUUAGGAUUAUAAAAGCUGAGGUGUUCCUCACGGCUUCUUACAGUUCAAUCUUCGCUUCGUCCCAGUUCUACGUGAAGGUUACAGUGGACUUGUCUGGAAUAAAUGACGUAAGAAAAAAGCUCUUUCUUCUUUAACUUAGCUGUCAUGGCUUGAGAAGGUUCAUAGGAAAACACGGUGGUACUGAAGCCGUGAUAUGCAUCACUCGCGUACAUGUACGUGUGUGAACCUUUAAAUUUAUUUAUUCUGCUGCGUUGGGAAUAUGCUUCUAACCAAUCAGAAGCACUUCCCAUAUCUGGUUAGUAACUCGUUAUUAGUGUAUAUGGAGUUUCUGCGCUUGUUGCUCGGGCGUCAUUUCGCCGGGAAACUGCGAUCAGGCGUUCUCAUUUUUCGGGGAAGAGCGGUCGCUAAAGAAAAAGGGAAGAAGGACCACCUGAUCGCAGGUUACAGGGAAACCGAAGUGGUGGCGUCGCGAAAUGUCGGCUGUUUUCUUAGGCUAACUGGUGAGUUGUUAGUCUGAUUUUUACCUCUAAUGUCGCUUUAAUCUUGACUGCACCCGCCUGGGUAGAAAGAACCCAAAUAUAGAACAAUUAGUAAGUACGGCAAUGGUCCAAUUAAGAUUAGUUUAUUCACCAUCACAUUUCUAUCAAUACCAGUAGUAACUAACUCAAGUAUCGUUCGACACUUCUCCGAGGCAAAUCCUUGUUUCUUUUUUCCCCUUUAGGCUUUAGACGCUGCUGCAAAGGCAGUCAGAGCUGCUUUCGAUGCAGCAGAGAAAAAAUUGAGGGAAGCGAGAGAAGCAGUUGUCAAAGCGAAAGAGGACUGCAAAAGAAAGAUGUCACUAAAGUGUGAUAACUGUAAAAAUCUCAAAUGCAAAGAAGCGGAGGAAGCUUGUGAAGAUUUCUUGGACGAGGCUGGCAAGUUCAUUUCCAAAAACGUCAUAUCUCCGGUAAAUUUACGAUAAUAGUUUGUGUGAUAUUUUCAUUACGUUAGCCUCUGUGUUGCAGAUGUAACAACUAUCAUGUGUAUUCACGAAUACAGUAAAGUCCCUUGCUUGAGCGCACCCCUUGGGACCUCGACUUAAUCUCCCUAGUAACUAGCUUACGUAAUAGUGACGCGAAAAGAUGUUCUUUUGCGCUAUAGGGGUAGCAUGUAUGUACAUUUUCCCAGAAAUUUAUAAUUAUCUCAUUUGUGUCAGGACGAACUUUUUCAUCGAAGCGAGACUGGAAGAAGGCAGAAGAAAAAGGGAAUUUUAUAAACAAGUAACAAAAGAAGUCUAAAUCCAAACAAAAGGACAAAGGCAACAGGGGCACGCCCCUGAAAGGCACAGAUAGAGUUUGGUUGUGUCUAAUGUUCAAUAAUGCCCGCUCGUUUUGAUUUUGGGGCUUAACCAAAGAGUGCCUAACCCAUAAUAGGGAGCGUCCUGUUACUGGAGUAUGUUUCAUUCAAAAUUAUGUACGUUUCACCGGGAUUUUUUAAAAAUAAGUGUAAAAAUUAAAAAUUCAUUUAUGCUCGAAUCUUGACCAAAAUACUAUGUCAAGAACAAUAUCUCACGAGUGACAUAUCCUCUCGACACCUUGCACUAUCAUUUAUAUAGUUGUCGCGUGCAUGCUUCAUUGUUAAACGUACUUCUGGUUAGCGUCGUACGUGUAGCUCGCGCCCUUGCAUCUCAGCUGGCAUUUUCACGUCUUUUUAAAGACUGUUUCGUCUUUUUCUCGGUCUCAAAUGUGUUUAGGUCGCAAAAGCUGUCGGUGGCUGGAAGAGGAAGCGCGGACUCGACAAACGACGCAACGACAAUUUUGCCCAUCAUCUUCGGCGGCGUCGUUUGGUCAAUAAAUUAAUCUGUGAAGGAAUUGUUGGAGGAUCUUGCGCAGGUUAGUAAUGUUUCUUUUUAAAAAAUUAGCAGACUGCUUGCAGUCCGCCUUUUUUGUUAAAAUCCGUUCAGUUCUUAUCCCAGCUUGUGUGAUUGUAAACAACGACGUUACAAUAUGGGAUUAGGACGCUCGCGUGCAUGGGUUACGCGUGGAGUAACUUUGGAAAGAAAAUAAUAGACGGUUGCAGUCUAAAAAAUUAGUGUUUGUAGCGACAGCCACUGUAAGUACUUUUGUUUGGGACAAUCCAAGGUGAGAUUACUGAUCUCAAAUUUUUUGGACUCGUUAAGACGAAAGAAACGAAAAUUCGGAAACAGUGAACAGAGAGGUCUUACGCUUCGCUUUCACGACAUAAAAAUCAAUCCGACAUUUGUCCCACCGGAUGGCGGGAACGCCCCACUCACUGGUAGCUGGAAAGAUGCCUUAUUAAACAGUCACAAGAAGCAUAAAUCACUUAUUUUUUUCGGAAAUAAAGGCUUUUGAUUGCCAAGACAAAAAAACUGCAAGGACGGGAAUGCCGAUAGGUGGGAGACUCGAUGGAGCAAAUAAAGUUAUUCACCAGAGUCAAGACUUACUAUUUUUGUGCACAGUCAGAUCAAAAGAGAACCGUGGAGGAUAUUUUCGCUAAAGUUAUCCCGGUAAUAUAGAAUUUUGAAAAAAACAAAUGCUGAAAAAGUUGUUUAAUUCUUCCACAUUUCAAUUUUUGGGUGAAAGUUUGUACUUACUACGACUCGUGUAAGGUAUUCAUCUCUCCUGUUGGAAAAUUAGGCUGCAGGCUUUCAAAGAGUAUGGUGUAAGAUUUGAUGAUGGCUUGUUCUUGAUAACAAUACAUAUGGGACACCCGUGUUUGUUUUCAGGCAUCGCUCAUCUUUGUGAAGGAACGUGCAAGCUUGUAGAGGCUAUCGGCAAGGGUCUCUGCAAUGUUCUGGAUGGGGCGGUUGGUUUCUUGUACUUAACCGAAAAGGCGACUGCGUGGGUUGGUGCCGCAAUCAACUUCCUCCUCACCGCUUUCAGGGUAAACAGGUAGAUGUAUCAAGAUUUUUUCUUAUGACUGCCUUCCUCUUUAGGGCAUUAGAUUAUUUUAGUUUCCGUUUUUAUAUGCCCACCACAGUGGUACCUCUCCUUUUGGGACACCUCUCUUUAAGAGACACCUCCAUCCAUUCAGGUAACAAGUUUGGUCCCGGUAAAGCGUCCUCAUGAUCUUUGCAUCUGUUACCUCUCUUAUACGCUUAAUAGACACGUCCAUUCAGGGGAAAGGAACACUUUGUCUGAGUACCGUAAUCCCGCUUUAAGUUCCUGUAAAGGAACAUCGAUGAUUUAACGUGCCCCGGUUCCUUGGGUGUCCCGUGGAUAGAGGUUUCAAAUAUAUUCCUGUUUUUCUACUUCUGCACGACAGCCUCUGUCCUUGUACGUCCAACAACCAGCAUCGGCUUUCUCUACUUUGAUUAGAAAAAACUCUGCAACUAGUGGUGCAUAGCAACAUAACAAAGAUAUAAAGUCUAAAAGCGGCGCUCUCAUAGGUGGUGUAUCAGACGUCAAAGGGACGGUUGUACAGUCGCGUGAUACCAUUUCUUUUUUUAAAACUCACGAUGCUCCACGUGCGCUCGCUGAUACGACAUGACUUAAAUUUAGGAAAUACCUCCUUUGUAGCGCUGAAAGGGGCAACACAGAAAAGUUACCAAGGGUUAUUGAACAAAGUCAUAAUCAAAAUUUAGGUAUCAGUUAGCCUUUCAAUCAAGAUUCGAAGCUGUGAGACGUUUUAACGAUUUUUCUACGAUGACCACAUCAUCAGUAGUUCCACAUUGGGAAACGUUCAAUGCUUAGUAGCAACAGUAGUGUGGCCAACGACUUAGAACGACUUAGAUGAUGACCUCAUUAGUUUUGGACACCCUGGUCAGUAGUCUAGCUGGAGUUCGAGCCUGGUGCUCACUCAGCGAACCUGCAGUUUAUCAACAGUUCUUUAUGUCCUAAUAGCAUUGUCAUUGAGUUUGGCUUGGCAACAUACGCUGGUGGAGGCUUCCCAGACGUGACUUUUGCCGCUGGUGUAGACAUGACCAUAUUUGGAAAAAACCUUUACCUCUCCAUCGCUCUGAAACUGAGCAGCCGGCAGUCAAUUAUAGACAGUCUUUUAGCGGGAUCGGAUAGUGCCACUAGUUGGUACAAGGACAAGAUGAACAAAAAAAAUCCAACAGACACUUCAGAGAACUAUUACGAUAACCCGAACCCUGCUGUUGACUUCCAGCUUUCAGGUAAUAUUUCAGACGCCAUAAUGAAUGUUUUAUAAAAUAUUCAAACAUCGAAUGGAUUAAAAAACAAACAAACAUACGAGGCACUGCCAAGGUUUUAAAUUGAAAUGCAGGUACGGUGUUUCCUAGUGGUAAUACCUGAUUCGGCAGAGAUUUUCUUUGUUUUCUUUUCAUAAAUGACUAAGGUUUUAGAAGUACAACUUCAACAGUUUAGCAUAAUGUAUGCAUGGCUGGUGGAACUGCUGGCGCUGCCUUCAGAAGAGUAAUAGUUUACAAUAAGCAAACUUAAAUGUACGAAGCACCUUUUUAUAAAUGCAUAAGCGAAACAAUGUAGGCUACAUUCAGUAUUUAUAAUGACCCGUAGAUACAACACCCAAUGAUGGAUUACGGUUACGAUUUCUAGUCAUUUUGACCCUAGAACGUUCACUUCACUGUCGAGAAAGAGAUAUUGGUGCUAGUUUCAGGUAUAUAAUCUAAAACACCCAUUAGGAGAAACCUAUUGCUCAGUAGUUUUGUAAAAUUUAUGACUCUAAAGUUAAGGGACUCAAAGGAGGGUACUACUCAUGUCUCCAUUUCUAAACGACCGACCUCUUUCAACUUUUAAGAACACUUCAUGAUUGAGAAUCAGCAGUCAGCCACAGACGACAGAUAUGGACCUUGUCUUUAUGUGGACAUCAAAACAGAAGGUACCUACAUUAAAGUGACGGGAUGCAAUGACACGGACGACAGACAGACCUGGUAUUAUACACCGAAAGGGCAAAUUAAGGUAGGAAAUUUCUUGCUGAAAAAUACGCCUGUUAAGAAGGCUGUGGGCUAAGUUAUAGCUCUUUCUGAGUAGAGCUUUUAUUUCGCUUGCUUGAUUUUGGCGUAUCUGCGUGAAUCGAGUAAGAUCUUCGUUGUGCAUGAAAUGCAUGUUGAUAGGAUACAGUUUCGAAACCAGGCAUAAUAACUAUGCGUUUGGUACAGCAGGCUCAGUUAUAAAUAUCGGUUUAUCAAUAAAAAGAUGCACGCACUCGAAAAACUACUAGUUUGACAGGAGAAAUCAAGAUUGAGUAGUCCAGAGGUAUGGGCUGCGGCGACUUCAAUGGCUUGAGUCAAUUUAGUCAGAACUGAAAAAAAUAAAGAAGGCUCUGCUAGUCGGAUGUUAAGCCUGAGUAAAUUUUGCUGUUAGGAAAUGAGCGUAACAUUCUAAAUCUUUAAAGGUGUCUCCAUUUGUCGUUGCUUCGUAGAAUUUGUAUUCGGAGUUGUGUAUUGACACAAACGGAGCAUCCCAAGGUUCGAAGUUGAUCCAAAGCAGAUGCGACCAUAGGAAAGAUGAUCAGAAUUUCCAGUGUGAUCUUGCAGUUAGGUCCAUCAAAAGACGAAGAGCUGAUAUGUGCUGGACUCUAGGUCAGUGUUUAUUUCAUGUUUGCAGUUCGCAUCCAAAAUUUUCCCCUGUUUCUGGUGGCUAUCAUCCUCUUCUAUGUUCACGAACAAAAAAGAUUUAUAUUUUGAAACAUACUAGAUUGGUGAAACUGUUUUGUACGAUCACGAUUCCAUUGCUAAAUACUCAUUAAUCAAUCUAUUCGUUUAUUUAUGGACAUUUUAAUUAAAAAUACUAUACUUUUGAUGUGAUAUAAUGUGUUAUAUACUGUAUAUACUUUAUCAAGAAUUUACUUAUUUGAUUUAUUUUUUUGCUCUCAUUAUGCUUUUUGGUUUUGUUUUCUGUUUUGUUUUUUGUUUCUAAUAGCAUUAAUAUUUCUUUCUCUUUUUUUACCUUCCCCCGCAUCGAUUAGAUUUUCCUAUUUGCGGGGGAACAUUAAACAUUAAACUCUGUUGUCUUGUUGAUGUGUUCCUAAUAAAGUUUGUUGUUGUUGUUGUCGCAGUUUUCAUAGCAACUUCUAAACCUCGUAUUUUUGAUUGUUUAGGAUCAACAAGUGUGAAUGGACCAGGCUCCUUAGUUCACUUUGGUUCCUUAAAAUGCAUCCGUCCAGUUGGAGGAGGUGACAGUGUAUCUGAUGGAGAAAGAAUAGAACUUUAUUCUAGUUGUAAUAUGGACCGGUACGUAAACCUUACACACAGGAUAUUUCAUCCUAUUAAUGUUUAUUUUAAAAAAAGGGAGAGUCUUGGGAUUUUCAAACACUGAGUAUUAGAACGAGUUGAAGCGGUAAUUGUAUCCUCCAAAACUAUGGGCGAAUCUUUGUUGACAUUUUAUGCCUAAUAAAAGUCUGCUUGUCAUUGUCUGACCAAGCUAUGAAAAUAACAACUCAGAAAAUUAAUCAAUUAUCUCUUAAAUCAUGAUUCUGAUAUUACGAAUGGUUUUGGAAAAACUUUACUAAGAAGGUAUGAGCGUGAGUUUUUCUACCCAGCAAUUUUGUAGUUUUUGAUUCAGUUGCUGCUAUUUCCUUUGUUACUGCUUUCAAAGAGCUCAAAAUUGCUUAACCAUGCUAGCUCCUUCAACUUUUGAUCCUAUCAUGUAUCUACGACGACGCCUUCUAUACGCCACUUGCACAUCUCCCAUAAUGCACCUUAUUUGCCCGCCAAAAUUUUGCAUAACCUUUGUUUUUUAUUUCUCCUGGGUAUUACAGCCAUCCCAAGAGAAAUUGAAAACAUAGCUUGCGAGCAGGCGUUUGAAAGUAGUGGGCAAAAGAAAGAACGGGGCACGCGAGGGAGACACGCGAGGGAAGAGCGAGCGUCUACCCGAGAAGCCCAUGAAAAUCGUUUCAACUCGCUUCCCGAGAGUGCGGAAAUUUCGUGUUGGUUGAGAGUCUGUUAAGUGGAUAGGUAUUCGCGUUAGACGUGAAAAAAUGUGAAUCAAAGAAAACACGAGAUCGCUGGUAAACAUGUAAUACAUGGACAAGGUACAAUAUUAUAUUACACCACUAAAUACUAAAUGGCAUAAUAAAAGUUCAGAUCUUGGAGGUCACUUUACUAUGGUUCAAUGGGACUAUGUGGCUGUAAUCUAAAAGAAAAGUUGGAGUGUUCCAGCGGUAUUUACGAAGGAAAGAUUUGACGGGCACCAAGGACGCAUUAGUAGAAGUAGCGACAGACAAAAGAUCUGUCGAAUGGUUGAAAAGAAGAGCAUAGGAAAUAAUCUUCUUUGCUGAAAGAGAACAGAACGCAUGCUAUCAAAACCUGGACAGGAUUGAUGAAAUGAUACAUAUACCAGGGGCAUGAAUUUGGAAAACCUUUUGCUACUGUUAUUAUUUGUUCGAAGGCGACUGGUGUUUACGUAUCGCUUCUGCAGCCUUUAAAAACGUCUCGGUACAGUUUGUACGCUGAAAGUUUAAGUCCGCUUAGUAACACAAGUCUGCUCCAAAAACGACUGCUACAUUGCGCAGCAAAAGCAAUGCUCAUUUUUCACGUACGCUGCGAUCUUCGGUGUCUGUGCAGUUGUGACUCUGUAAUCUGAGAGAGUAAUAUUUAGCUUUUUAUAAUACACAGCCUGCAUUAUUUGAGAAAUACCCAUUUUUGACUCUGUUCUUCGUAUUUAGUGUGCCCGUGGUAAAAAAAAAAAAAAUUAAAGCUGUGUGUUAACAGUCCGUUUAUUGCUCCGUCGCUAUAUCAUCAGAUAACCAACUAGCUGAUCUUUAUAACAGAUAUAUUAAAACCGAGGAUAUAAAUGUACAACGCUUCUUGGCUGUACGAUUUGUUUGUGCGAGGUCAAUCGGGCCUCUCGGGCAGGCGCUCCCUCUCCCCUCGCGUGUCUCCCUCUCGCGCGCCCUUUCUUUCUUGCGCCCAAAUACUUCCAAGCGCCUGCCACGCAGGCUAUUGAAAACAAUGCUUAUGCAAAAUUUUGGGUGGCAAAUAAGGUGCCUUAUGGGAGAUGUGCAAGUGGCGUAUAGUUUUUGUUUUAGAACCGUGCAAUUUCAAGCUAUGGCCGCGAUGUAUCAAGCUACUAACACGCAGGCCCGACACGAGCCACUUCAUUCUUUGUAAACAAACGUUUCUCCAAAAUUGAAAAAAUUCAAAUUGUUUCACACCCCUAUCAGAGUAGAGUUUAAAUUGGACAGUGGUAGCUGGAUCCACACCAAGAGUGGAAAAUGCGUGCAGCCAGUGGCAGCAGUAACUGAUGGCGUUGCACUUGGUUUGUACUCGUCAUGUGGCGGUCAUCAGUUUAGUUUUACAACUGGAGGAUCAUUGCAGCACGUGGGUAGCAAGAAAUGCGUCAAUACUAAAUCAGGGGUGAGUUUUAAUCUUGAAAGUGCAAUUUGAGGAACCUUAAAAGAAUCGCAAUUGUUUAUUAUUGAAUGUAUUCAUUAGAACGAAAUUUAUCGUAUGAUAGCUGGCCAUGGUUUAUCGUUUGUCUUACAGUAAUCAAUAAUUGAUAUUGACAUCAGUUGAUAGCAUCUGUUAGCUGUGCGGGACUAUUAGAAGCACCGUGGCUGUUUCUGAAUGGUGUAUUACAAUCCACACUAAUGAUUGCCGUUGGUUGAAUUCGGGUAUUCUUCAUUAUUGAAAUUGUUCCCCGUAGCUCAGCUUUCAUCAGUGGUAGUGAUCCACUGUGGUCUUGAUCCAUUCUCGACCCCAGUGCUUACGGGUUUGGGAAUGCGCGCGUAAGCUCUGGAAAACUCUGCGCCGGAGUAGACAAAAUCUGGCUAUUUGGGCCUCACAGCGCAUGCUCUUUGAUCAAACCAAAACUUUUUGCUUCUUUUAUAUCUACUUCAUCGCGAAAGUCUUUUGCUGCUUCGGUAUUAGAACUGAAGAAAUUCAGUUAACGGCCCUGAAGAAUUUUCAGGUAUCCAAGGCUCUUGUGGUAGCUGCUGCGAAAAUACCAUUAAACGUUCCCAAUCACAGAGUUUGCAUAUGCUCGACAUUUGAUUAAAUAUUUAUGUUGACUCCUUCACGAGGCGGUAAGUGAAACCCGAAUGGCUUGUUAAGAUAAACGUAUCGAAAUUGUAAUAAAACUUUCCAAAAUAUGAAUUUAGCGUCCUUUUAUUUAUGUUUGUUCGUGAAUAUUACCACUUCAGCGAAGCUGCUUUGAAAUGCGAUAUCGUGGGAAAAGAAGACAACUAUAAAUAUCUAGUCGCAUCGUACACGCAUCACUUUCGGGAACGAUUUACUUUGUCGGUUUUUUUUUUUCUUGCAAGUCUGUGUUUGGGCAAAUUACGACAAGAAGCUCAAGUUUUCAUUCAUAUUCGGCCACUUCGUGUGAAUAUGAUAAGUGACGUGGAAGUCAAAGAAAAGUCCGUAAUGUGUCAUGCUUCCUAAAUUAUAGCUGGCAAAGAUGUCGGUGUAUCUUCUGAUUAAUAGGACAAUUGCACGAUUACGUCAUUUUACUACAACUACCAGAAUCCUUGAGUGUGUUGUUUUCUUGUGCAAAUUAAGGCUAUUGUUCUUUAAUCCUCAGCGGGAUUGACAAAUUUAAAUAACAAAGCAAAACCGAAACGAAUUCUGGUAGUUGGAGUCAAAUAUCGUCAUCGUGUAAUUGUCCUAUUUAAGCGUGUAAUUGAUCUAAAAAUAACUUGUUGAAAUUCACAAAUCCCAAGGGCGAGACUGGGCGUCUCUCUCUCUGUCCCAUUAUUCUCUCUUGAAGUGUAUUUGAGGUCGUUAUUAAAAACAGUUUGUAUUCGGAGAACGAGUAAAUGAAUAGCAAUUUAUGAAACGAGGCAUUUCGGCAUCGUUGCAGGUAACAAAAACUAACUCUUUAACACGGAAUCCACCAGGAAAUUGAGAAAAUGAAAAUGAAUGUCAAAUUUCACAAAAUUACAUCUUGCACAUGAAAUUUUCACAAUUUUACCUGUGUUUUCACAAUAGACCUAUUCGGCUAACUAAAUGUUGUACAUAUCAUUUAAAUGUGAAUGCAACAUUAUAAUGCAAAUACAGUGCACAAAGAAUCUUGACCCCGGGAGAUCUGAAUUGGGUACAACAUUGAGUUAGCCGAACAGGUCUGUUCUUGUGAAAUUUGACAUUCAUUUUCUCGGACUGCCAUGAGAAAUUUCUUUGGUGUUAUUACAGAUGACUAAUUACAUCUUUAGCCCUUGGAAAAUGUAAAAAAAAUAAUGCAAUAUUCUUUGAAUUAUUCUGGUACAAGGUUUUUGUCCACUGAAAAUUACUUAAUUUCCUGGUGGAUUCCGUCUUAAUUUCUUUUACACCCAUGUUUUAGCUUGAAGACCGAUCUUGCCUUGAUCUUUUUAAAGCAACCCUUUCACGUUUCAAGUCCCUUAAACCAUGUGUACUAUGAUUAUUUUGCUCUCUUGCGUCAUUAGGCUAUGCUGGCACCAGACUUUGAUGAAAUUGUAUUGGGUGAUAACUGUGAAAACACUGACGAUUCAACCUUUAAGCAGCACUUGAAGUUCAAUUUUAUACCAAGUAAGACACGGAAGUAAAGUUUCACUUUAUACAGAUACGUCAAAGGAACCCGUUUCAAUUUGUUGGUCGAAGCUAUGUUCUCUCAGAGACAGUAAAAAUUCAGAUUCAUUUGCAGAUUUUAACUGCCCAUAACCCAAAAGUUUUAUUAUUAUUUUUUUUUUUGUUAAAGUACACAUUACUACGACAACUUCUGCAGGAAAAUCGCCAUUUGCGAUUUGAACAUAACGUGAAUUUUUUUUAAACGUUCAAAUUUGCCGCCAUUUUGACACUUCAUACCUCUCAGCGUCAAUAUUAUCCUGAUACAACAAUGGCUUUUUGUUCAAGAUGAAGACCCCGUUUACUACGGGUCCGGACAAAGUUUUGAAAGGGGCCGACGGAACCGUGUAAGUUUUGAUCGGCAAAGUGUGCAAGAUCAGAAGUAAUGCCAAUUUCUUUUACCGGUACGGUUCCACUUCACGAGUACUCACCUAGGUAGUACUCACCUAGACCGUGCAAAUUUGUCACGGUUUGCCUACGUUACUCGCCCUUGAUAAAAAAAGUCAUUUCAAUGGCAAAAAUUCGUACGGACUCGUGUAAACAUUGCUGUAACAGAAUUUCCACUGUUCCGUGUAAACGGAUUGGGCGAGUAAAACAUUUGUCCGUUUAAGAUUUGUCCUGGAUCUGUGUAAUUCGGGGUCUGAAGGACUCCCUAAGGUGCCCUUUAACAAUCAAAAAACUUUUGUGGCUCUUCCGGCUUAAGUGAUCCUCUUUGUUAGCGUUUAUGUAGUGAUAAUACGAUCGAUGACUUGAAGUGUAAAUGGCCAACUAAUGACAGGUAUUUUAAUUUUUGGCUUAUAAGUUUUAAAAUCUGCGUUGCAGUUUUAAACAUCCCAUUGUCAUUUUCUAUCAACAGCUGAUCCUACUGUACACUUGGAAAAGUGCACGUAUUUUAAUGCUGCAACGCGAAGACUCGACCAGAGGUUUGAAGUGGUUGACGAAUCUGUUGUCAGCAUUUGUACCAAGUUCGACAAAAGUAAGUCAGUUUGCAUUAACGGCCGCUUACUUUAACGGUUAUCUUUCCGCAUAAGCUAGUAUGACGAACGUAUUCAGUCCUCUUCUCUUGUAUUUACAUUCCUCACCUCGAGGUCUUUAAUCAAGUGGUAAUAUAAUGCUGGCUUGAUUUAAGAUCUUGUCUCAUUUCAAAUAAUGACGUCUUUCAGAUUGGGCGGUAAUGUUAAGUUUUUGGCCAGCGCCUUAGCUUGUCAUCCCCUUGAAAGGGAGUACAUUGUGACUGGCAGUGCGAUUGUAUAUUCAAGAUUUCGUCUUUUGUCCACUCAACAGAUCUUGCUUUAAGGAAAACGACAGCGCAAUCCAGUACUGAUUACAAUGGCUUCAGCAGCAGGGCAGUAGAUGAAAACUUAGGUCCUUAUUAUAGCAGUAAAUCUUGUACUCACACCAAGAAAGAACAGAAUCCAUGGUGGAGGGUUGACCUUGGAAGGGAGUACAUUGUCACAGGUGUGUGAUAUAAGGCUAUGUUCACCGUACUAUACUGGAUAGAGUUUGCGCUGGCACGAAAACCAUACAUUAUAGGCCAGGGCUGCUGCUCAACAUAAUAACGGUGAUUUCUGCGUGAUUUCUGUAAAGGGGUGAAGCUGCGCCGCGCAGAUCUCUAAAGUGGAAUCACAGUCACGUUUCGUUAAAGUGUUCACUGGGCAUGAAUGUCUAUGAUCCGGUAUAGUGUUAAUAUAGCCUUAGCGUCGAAAUGAACAUUGUCUCUGAGACAAGCUGCAAUGCACAACAUAACGAUGGAAUUCAAAUAAAUGCGUAGUUGGUCUGAAAGUUGAAAUAAAAAAUAACGCCAGUUAAUAGGGACCCUUUUUAGCCUUCGGGCGGUACGGUUUGUCAUGUUUCUACUUAAAAGUGGACUAAGAUAUCCCGCCAGAUGUGGCAAUGGCACUGUGUCAUCUAUGUUUUUUUUCUUGUUAUCCUAACCGUUUCGUUAGAGCAUGAGGUAGUCUAAUAAAAAUGCCAUAGGUACAGUUUAGCCUUAUCCUUGCAAGGAAGCGGUGAAGAAAUAACAAAGUGACCUAGGUAACGGUGCUUACAGUUUGACAAAAGUUGAUUAUUUCUUACAAAAGAAUUCACAAUCAGAUCAUAUACUAAUCGACGCGAAAGACGUAUGCCCGUCUGAAGAUCCUCUUCACAGCUGAUUUUUCAUGAUUCAAAGUCGAGUUUUUACCCAGCACGAUGUUGAAUGAAUUGUUUGAUAAUCUACUUGAUCUUAAGGGGGCCGGGAUUUAAAAUUACAAUUUAAAACUAGUGUUAGUAUUUUUAGUAAUAAAGCAUAAUGAGGCGAAAAAUGCGUGCUUACCUUAAUUUUGCGAUUGUGAGUCAAUAUUUAUCUCUCUUUGCAGACGUGAAGAUCAUCAAUCGUUUUGACUACUACGAGAGACUCAAGAAUUUUGAAGUGAGAAUUGGUGUUAACACGGAUAACUUACAGAAUCCCACAUGUUCUGACCGAGUUACGUCCGUGGGCCAGGGAGCAGCUUUAUCACUUUCUUGCGACCCACCAAUCCCAGGGCGAUAUGUGUCAGUACAGAUGUUUGGAGAAGGAAUUUUGACCAUGUGUGAGGUGAUGGUGUACUCCAGAGUUGGUAAGUAGCUGAUGUGACGAACAUGGAAGAGCCAGCCGGUUUCUCAAUAUUUUGUGUCGUGAAUACCGACAUAAGUUCAUGCCUGGAGAUCUCUCGGUCUAACUCGCCCUGAAGCUUCAUUAAUUGACUAUUGAUUUUAUCUGAAAUAUUUAACUGUUGGUACAGGGUAGAAACAGGGAAGCGUGUCAGUUUCCCAGCCUGUCAGAAAACAUUUUUUUGCGGCGGAAGUAUUCAACGAUGGUCAAUUGUAUCUUUUACCGGACGUUUAAAAACUUGCUCUACUUUUAAGGAUUGGUCCAGUGAGGAUUAGACGAAUCCCAUGUGUUAAACUACCAGCUCAAAGGUUUCAAUAUAACAUGAAAUAUAUGAAAAUAUACGAAAGCAUCCUUUGACUCUUGUUCUUCGGUAGGCAGCUCACCGUUUAAGUUGUCUCACUAGUCUGUGUCUCCUCGAUCUAGGUUCCUUGGCAGACCUAUGCCAGCUUGAUAACGGCGGCUGUCAACAGCUUUGUUAUAACCUGUGUAACCUGAAAGUUCAGUGCGGCUGCUGGCCCGGCUAUACUCUCGCCUAUGAUGCCAAGACCUGUAUGGGUAAGUAAGGAUUAAGACUCAAUGCACUCGACUAUGUCAGUUUCGAUUUUUACUGAACUUGAAAAUGGAUGCGGACCGGCAAACAAAAUUCCAUAACUGUGGAUAAAAUCCCGAUAUUUAGUCAGCUUCUUUUUAAAUAAUAUGUAAGGCUAAAUAAUAAUACAGUAGGGCUACUCUUUUCAGGUUAGCAGGUUAGCUGUGAAAGGAGGGCCUUUUUUUCCUUACCCCUUUCACUGCCAAACUUCGCCAAAAGGAAAUUUUGACCAAAUGUCCAAAUUUCAUUUUGUGAAAUGUUGAAAAACAAAUAGCACCCUGAGUAAGUACGGGCAGAGAGCUUUCAUUUGAAUGGUCACAUAGAGUUACCUUACAAAACUCCAUCCAGCACUCUGGCAGUGAAAGGGUAACUUAGGGUAACUUAGGAUAUGUAAUUUUAUCUUAAGAAAUAAAGAUUAUUAUUAAAGAUUAAAAAAGAUUAUUAUUAUUAUUAUUAUUAUUAUUAUUAUUAUUAUUAUUAUUGUUAUUAAACUGAAUUAUUUCAUAAUGACGCUGACCUCCAAAGUCGAAAAGAUCGUUUUCAAAACCCAACGCGCAAGAUCUUUCUUUCAUCGUUAAUUACUAAAAGCAAAGAGGAAGCAAUUCUUUUUGGUAAAGAGAAAAGUGAAUGAAUUUUUUAGUCAUGAUAUUUUGUUUGUAAUGCGAUUCGCCGUUACCUGCAGUAUCCAAGAUGAUAUUAUGGUUCCGAAGCAAUGGCGGUGACAAUACGAAACAGUCUUGUAGGGUCAAAAAUGUUCUCUUUUAGUGGGUCUUUAGUCUUUUUCUCGCGGCCUAGAAUUUCUUUCUUUUUUCAAAAUUUUCAGACAAAGAUGAAUGUCAGUCUAACAAUGGAGGUUGCGAUUACGCACUUGGUUUAUGUAUCAAUACACCUGGAAGCUACCACUGCGCAUGUAAACAGGGAUAUGAACUCAAAGAGAACAGUGAAUUCGAGUGUGAAGGUGAGAAACAUCUGCAUAUUUGUUCCUUGCACAGUAGUUAUUUUCUGGCUCCCUACAUUUCACUUCGUACUACAGCAGAGCAAUUAUUUUUUUAAAAAAAUGGUAAAUGGAAAUGGUUUAGCUGCUUCGAAUUGAGAGUAUCACCGCUUAUCUAGCUCUUCUCUUGGUGCCUUGAACAUUGCAUAUUUCGAAUGUGACUUUCUUUCAUUUCCCUCCUCCCAUUUCCUGCCUCCCGCUAAGUUGGAGUCUUUCAGUUCAGUUCAAUAAAUUUCAUUUUGAUCAAGCGUGCUUCGACAGCACAACUUGAGUGUGUUUGGCUAUUGGGGUAAUUCAUCCAUUAAACACAAAGAAACUGAGGUGUUUUACCAUCUGCGUAUUAGGCAAACCGGUAAGUUAACGGUUUGGGUAAUGGUAAGCAAAAUUUAGGACUGGUAAAUUUCGUCGUGGAAUCGCGUUAAUCAUUUGUAGAAAUAUUUUUCAUUUACCGAAAGACUGCCACGAAGGCCUGAAACUGGUAUCAGAGAUAUUGUAGCUUUGAAGAAAUGGAACACGAAUAUCCGUUUGGAAUAUUCCGUGUAGGACGGAUCUAUCAGAUGUUCCGUUGCUCCCCGAAAUUUUCCACUGCAUCGACUAAAAAAAGUGUUCAGUUUACUUUCCAACUGAAUUCUCCGGAAACCUUUUUUGUAACGCUUAACAACCUAAAUUAACCUUUGCUUAUACAAGUUGAAUUUUUUAUCUUUCAGAUCUUAACGAAUGCAGCUUGAAGAACGCUGGAUGUGAACACGUGUGUAAUAACACAGACGGAAGUUUCAACUGUGAUUGCAGGGCCGGCUUCAAACUGAAACCGGACCACAGAGGUUGCGAAGGUAACGGUGAUCUAAGGUCUGAUAAGGAUAUACAAUAUGUAAACCCAAAUAUAGAAAAAGAAGGACCAUUCAUUGUCUUGUGCUUACAUGCUCCAUGUGAAAACGCUGCAUAGGGUAAUUUCACGUCGUAGUCGACGUGUAGUGGCAAAAUGUACGUGGAGAGUUAAUGUUUUGCUUAUCAAACCUAUUUCUGUUUUUGAAGUGCUCGUCGCCGUCGUUGCUAAAGCUCCCUAAUAGUGAGCAAAUGUGGGGAAUGCGAAAAAUCUCGUUCUGUUAGUAUCUGGAGUUUGGUCCUUUAAAUACUUUAUCUCCUUUCUUAGACAUCAACGAAUGUAUCAUAGCAGAUCAAGGCGGCUGUGAACACACGUGUACCAACUAUGAAGGCGGAUAUUACUGCUCCUGUAAUGCCGGGUAUCGAUUACUGGAUGAUGACCAAGGAUGUGAAGGUACCGAGUACAUUGAUAGGUUAAUUCUGUCACUCAAAAGCUCCCAAAGGUUUGAACCAUCCAGUAUAGCACAAACAGAGUAGAUAUUGUGAGGUAUGAAACCAAAACCUAAAGAAAACUCGACUGGCCAAAAAUGGAGGCAAAAAUUGUGAAACAAGAUGACAAGAAUGAGGAAACCAUACCUUCAAAAGGUUUUAAAAUAACAACUGUUACUGUUUGCGAAGAGAAGAAAGGCAUGACGCUCAAGAAUUGCAGAAUAACUCCACGUACCAAUGUGUAACUCUACAAAUCAGCUUCUGCAUUGUUAUGUUGACUCAUUUCAUCAUUUUCAAUACGGUUACAUUUCCCUGCCUUGAAUAGUGUUUCCUUGCUAAUUUGCGAAUAAAAGUUUUGUUUGUUUGUUUGUACUAAUCAUGGGCACGGUUGUGGGUGGAAUUAGCCGAACCCAGAUCUUUGGCGUGGCGUUUCCUUUUUUUUUUGUACUUAACGCUUUUACGUACCAAUCUUUUUAAAGAAAUUUACUGUCCUGCUCUGGAAGCUCCCUUCCGUGGCUCCAUCACUCCCUCAAGCUGCACAGACGAGAGAGCGAACAUCCGGCGUACCACGGUUUGUACCUAUGGUUGUGAGACUGGACAUUACGUUACAGGUGGGGAUAAUUCACUGACCUGUCAAAUCGACGGACUUUGGCAAGGAACUGUGCCCUAUUGUCAACGUAAGUAUAACAGCUGCCUUGUGACAAAGGGAAAGUUGUGACGUGAUUUUACCGCCCUAUUAGAAGGUUUAGGGCCUGACUACAUGAGCCUGGCUCGUCCGGUACCCAGGGCUGACUUGAUUUGCAGGGGCACAUAAGUAAAACACAGUAAAAAUGCAGUUUCGAAAUUAUACGCCAAUGGAGCCAGCCGGUUUAGCUGAAAUCCAGGAAUUGUGAUGCCGGGUAACGGGUGAGUAAAUAGACCUUAUUCAUGAUACCCGCCAUCUUUGCCCGCGCUUUACGAUUGAUGGGAUAAAAGCAAUGUCACGUGGUAUUUCAGGGGGCAAACAAGUGAUAGCAUUUGCCAGCACGAGUUAUCCGGUCGAGGUUUUUCUAUAUUCUCACAAAACGAGACGACCAUUUAAUAGUCAUGCAAAAAGUGGGGUUCUGUUCGAGUCUCGUUACGUUAAGAGAAUAAUGUGUUGUGUAAAGCUCAUAAGAUGUCCAAUCUGUCUUCAACCGAUGUUACUUAAUGCUAACCGUCAUGUUAUCAUGCUCGCCAGCAAUCUAAACAAGUAACAGGAAAGCGUGUAACCGAAACAUUGCAUGCUCAUGCGCUCUGCUUUAAUUCUGUCUGUAAACCUGGCGGCUUCGAGCUGGAUCGCUUCAAGUAUUAUCGGAAUAAAGGUCACCUGGGUAAUCCGGCAAUCCAGGCAUGGCAUUAACUCCAAAACUUGAAAAGGAUUAUUGACGAACUAACGAUCCUGUUUAAAAAAAUAAUUCUUGCAUGUAAUUCGUAAGAAAAUACCAGCCAUAAAAAGAUUAAAAGUACCUGGGUAACAAAAGUUAAUAAGCCAAUAUAGUUACUUGUAAAAUUCCGAGUUUUUACUAGCUUUCCUCGCCCCUUAAAUUUACAUUUUUAAUACCUGUCAGUUGUUUAGUUUUUUUCUUUCUGAAACAGCUUAAAGAUGAGGACGUUGCUUGUUAUCUUUUCUUAUUUCCGUAUUUUAAUUGUUUCGCCUGAGCUUUUAGAUAGCUUCAGUCUUUUUUUCCAUUUAUAAAUUUUCUUAUUUUCCUACUUCUUGUCGUUCCCCCGAAGUGCUCCGCGAGGUCCUGCGAUUCAUGUAUUUCUAUUGAGUCUAUAAGUACUAGGUAUAGAAGGUGACCGUCUUCAGUUGUCCAGUACUCUAUAAAAUAACGACACAUUAAAACUUGGAAGGUUUUUUUUUCACUUUUAGCGGUUGUUUGCCCGAAACUUACUGUACCAGACAACGGUGGGGUAGUUCCAUCAUCUUGUUCUCAAACGGACGUCGAAUAUGGCACACGCUGUGUUUUCUACUGCGGUGAUGGGUAUGCGCUGAGAGGUCCCAGAUACACUACGUGUCAGAACGACACAAGCUGGAGCGAAAUCGGAGCAUUGUCCUGUGAGAGAGGUAAAAAGUUUCAUUUGAUGUAUUCGAUGUUUAUAAUGUCUCAUAGUACAGCCGGUCUGCAGAGAAACACGUUGAUUGGUCGGGAUUGACGUAAAUGCUGGUUAUUACUCAUUGUGUCACUCUUUCUGGGCCGAAUGGUCAAAGUUAUAAGAAAACUUAAAAUGGAAGAACGUUUGGUUUUAUUGUCACACUCAGGCAGUCUCUAAAUAAUGUAAUUGAUCGAUUUUGAUUACCAAGAUUUAAAUGGAAAAAAAAUUAAAUAAAACAAGCCUCCACUAUUUUUUAACUUUCAACAGUGUACAAGGACCCGUGGAUCGUGUGCCCAAUCGAUAGAGUAGAAGAACUUGAGCCAACCAAGUCGACAGUGGUGCUAGGCUAUAAAUGGCAGCUUCCAAGAACCAACAUGAUUAACGUUGUUGUGUCACCCAGCAACUACAAUGAGAAUUAUACCUUUCCUGUAGGCAGGCAUCGUGUCACGUGGACAGGCACUAGUGACAGUGGAAUACAAAAGAGUUGCAGUUUCCAUAUCACUGUUGUUGGUGAGAAAUUGCUUCAUGCCGUUCUUAGAUUUAGUUUUAGAUUUACCUUUAGACACUAGGGGGUGGUCGACUCUAGAAAUUGUUACUUACUUAGCUCUUCAAGUGCCAAGAGUGAUCAACAUCAGUUUUCUCCCAACAAUAUCAAUGCAUAGUUGGGGGGAAAGGUCACCAGGAUCAAUAAAAUGAUCACCUAUAGGAAAACUGUGGAUCUCUAUAUAAAUUCUCUCUACUCAUUCUUUAACCCUUUCACUGCCGGAGUGCUUGAUGGAGUUUUGUAAGGUAACUCUAACUUUUGAGUAUGUGGACGAAACCCUAUGGAGUGACCAUUCAAGUGAAACCUCUCUACCUGUACUUACACAUGGUGCUACUUGUUUUUCAAGAUUUCACAAAAUGAAAUUUGGGAUUUUUUGUUGAAUUUUACCUUUGGCACAUUUGCCAGUGAAAGGGUUAACAAAAUGAAUAGCCUGCGAAGCAGGCGUCGAAACGGGUAGGGGAUAGGGAGGAAAAAGGAGGGGGAUUGGGGAGAGAGGGUGCAAAAUGAAUGGAGAUCAGCUUUGAGAAUUUGUAUGUGGAUCACGGGGUUGAAAGGGGUAAUUUAUUACUUUUGUCUUGUAGUCAGAUGAGUGAAAAUGAUCCCGACGGGGUAUGUGGUUUUAAUCCUUAUCCAAGAAGAUUAGAAGGUUUAAUAAUUUACAGACUGGUGUGGAACAGUAGGCAGCACCUUUCGCUUCUUACUUUUAAGGUCUUGAGUCCCACCCAGAAUCAAACCAAAUCCCUAGCCUUGGGUCCACCCAAAUGAGCUAAAUAACCAGUCGGAGCUUAAAGAGUGGAUGCCUUUCUGGGAAUGAGAGUGAUUGUGCAAAUAGCCAUGUAUGUGGCCGGUCCCCAACAUAAUUUUCUAUUUUAAAAUUUGGCGCACCGUUUGCCCGACCUGGAAGCCAACAGUUUCCCCAUGUCAACGUGGAAAAACAUUAAGUUAAGUUAAGAGGUUUUAAUUGAUCAUUUUAUUCUCCUAGACGUGACUCCUCCCUCGGUGCAGAACUGUCCUUCUAAUAUAACUGAUCGCAGCAACUCACUACAAAAGGACAUCACGUGGACAACACCAACAUUCACUGAUAACGUGGCCGUGGUAAGCGUAUUGUCCAAUCGCGAACCUGGAUUCACCAUGGAUACUUACACAUCACUAACAGUGCGAUACACGGCUUCUGAUGCGGCAGGAAACAUUGUUUAUUGCACUUUCAUCAUCACCUUGGAAGGUAUAGCAGCAAUAAUGGGUCUUCACUCUACCAUGUCAUUUUUAUCCAUCACGUCAAACGUCGCUUUUCAAAGGCCUCUCUUAAUUUAUCUUAUAGUGGGUUCAACCCUUUACGUCCAUGAGUGAAAAUCAGUAAUUUACGCAACAACUCUCUCAGCGCUAUCCGCUGGAUAAAUCUCUGUCCAGUGGACAAUGCGAUUGUUUUUCCAUAAUAUUAAUAAUAUGUGAUUGUUUUUCUAUAAUACCCAGAGUGAUACUCUGGGUCGCAUAGGUAUGUUGGGUCUGUAGCUUCGGAAUUCCAUACAUGCACAGCUAAGAAGGCUGCAGGUCACUACAUCUUAGCUGUUGUAACGUCAAGUCGACUUUGACAGUAUUUUUUAGUUCAGUCUAAGCAGUUAUUGGCAAUUAUGCUUGAGUUCAGGGCGGUUGUCGGGUCUCCUGUAAGUUCUUCGUAGAUGUGGUUUUAAUUAACAAGUGUGUCUAUUUUUUGUCGUGGUCGGUCGUUUGUCUUAGUCUUUCUUGUCCAUGACAACGGUCAUCCGUCCUUUGUCCGGGGGCAGUAUGUCUACGUUAUCGUCGGUUGUCAGUCGUUCCAUUUUCUCUUCGCCUGCACUCAAGUUGCAGUCCGCAGUCUAUCUCUGUUCUUAGAGAGGCGGAUUGUAAAGUAAACUCUCUUCGUUUAUGAAUAAGGUGAUGAAGGUUGGUUUCCACUUUAAACGGAUUAAAGAGGGGAGUUCAAAGAAAAUGGAAACGUUCUGUUUCUUGCGGGUCCGAUUCAGUCGAGUUUAAAAAUCACUGAUCUACUGAGCGCCACUACUCGAAUAAGCGCUGCAUCUUUACAGGAAAUAAUUUAAUAAGCGCCGUGACGCUACUAUUGGAAUUUACAAAUUAACGGUCCCCCCCCCUCCCCUGUUAUGGCGCUUGAUAUAAAGAGAUAUCAAACCCAUAUCGCUUGAGAAAUAAGACUUCGACCAACUUGUGAGUUAUAAAGUUUUAAUGUUGGAGCGUUUCAUCGUGUCCUUUUGUAAACGGCCUACUUUUUAAAUACGAGUUAGUUCUUUAACUUUAUUAGAUUUUAAUUGCCAUUUCACGUACCUUUUGUAACAUGGGAUAUGUUUGUUUGUCCAUUAUAAACACUUAUUGUUAUUAUUAUUAUUAUUGUUAUUAUUACUAUUAUUAUUAUUUUAUACAACAACACUUUAUUUCAUAUUUACAUACAAAGGAAAAAUUACAAAAAUUGUAGAAAACUAGAAAAAGAAGUAGCAGAGAGAGUUUCAGUUUAAACUUCUACAUAGACGAAUUGCAACCAAUGAUUUUCUAUAAAAAAAAAUAGGAAUUAAACAGUCUGAUUCCUGCACCUUCUGUGGAGAAGCAAAGGGAAACCUGGUUCACUUAUUUUGGAGCUGUAAAUACUCUAACGCCUUUUGGAAAGACUGCUAUCAAUGGAUAAUGCAAAACACCUCCAAAGUAGAAAAAUUCAACCUUUCGGGAGCUCUCUUAUUUGGCUUAAUUAACGAUGCAAAAGCUUUACUACUGCACCAUUUACUACUUAUUGCCAGGCAUUAUACCUACACCUGUAAACAAAGAGAUACGCGCCCAAAUGUCCAACUGUACAUACAAACAGUUCAACGUACUGUGGAAAUAGAAAGGCAAAUUGCAAAAGACCAUAAUUCUUUAGACACUUUUAAAAAGAAAUGGUCUUUAUUAUUAUUAUUAUUAUUAUUAUUAUUAUUAUUAUUAUUAUUAUUGUCUCUAUUAUCACAGUCUUUGCUGGUGUUCUUUUUGUGCAUCAGCCGGGCGCAAACCAUGCACCUAGAGCGUCAGUCACUCAAGUCAAUCAUUCUGUUCAUACACUGAGCACCUUUCUGAGGAUUCGUGCAGAUCCCAGCAUGCAGAUCUUUUGAAUCUCUGUCAUAUUAGCUCUUUCUGAUACUUUCUUGAUGUUUUCUACCAUACCCUUCUUCACUGUACCAAGCGCACCAACAACCACAGGGAUCACUACGGUUUUCAUAUGCCACAUUCUCUGUAUUUCUAGUUCUAGGUCUUUGUAGUGAAGUUGAGAGUGGAAUGCUGUGUGAGGGACAUUGAUGAAUGGAUGAUAAGAAACUAUCUUAAACUAAACCAGGACAAAACGGACCUUGUAGUCAUCAGUUCCAGAUUCCAUCCUAUGCCUGACAUCGGUCACAUUACUGUUGGUUCUGAGUGCAUUGCACCUCGUGACUCUGUUCGUAAUUUAGGGGUUCAGUUUGAUAGCAUAUUUAGUUUUGAGGAGCACAUUAAGAACAUUUGUAAAUCAUCAUUCUAUCAUUUGAGAAAUAUUGCUAAAAUCCGCAAGUACUUAAGCCAAGAUACAUGUAAAAUCUUAGUCCAUGCAUUUAUUAGUUCGAAACUUGAUCACUGUAAUUCCUUAUUACAUGGCCUUCCUAAGUAUCUGUUAGCUAGACUACAGGCAGUUCAGAAUGCUGCAGCUCGUGUUGUCACAUUGACACCGAGGCAUGUUCAUAUAACUCCUAUUUUAAUUAAUCUUCAUUGGUUACCAGUUGAGUUCAGAAUAACUUUUAAAGUCCUUUUAUUGGUAUACAAGGCCCUUCAUGGCCUUGCACCUUCUUAUAUUUCUGACCUUUUGAAUUUUAAAA